AAGUGGACACCAAUGGUGUGGAAAGAGAAGAUAUCAAAUGUUUAUGACACCUCUGCCUAUUUGCUUUCUCUGGUAUGACUGCAAAACCUACACCAACACCACAUCGGACAAUUAAACGGAAUAAAUUCUACUCACAAAUCGGUGACUACUAAGGCCAGGGAUCUCAUGGACAGCAGCCCUCUAAGGAACAUUGGAAGAGGCAAACAUGGCAAAAUCAAGAAACCACGUGGGGGACUUCUUGGAGGAGUUCAGAGAGCAGAUCAUUGCGCAGGUGAGAUUAUCUGGGCCCAUAGUAGACGCUGUGAUCUCACAACAUCUUAUCCCAGAAGAGCUGGCACACAGCGUCCGUGCAGCCCAGACCACACAAGACCAGAUGAGGGCUCUGUUUGAAGCCGUAGAGAGAGAGACACCACAAACCAAACUUGCAUUCCAUCUGAUAUUGAGACGGAAAGAGCCUGAACUCAUGGACAAACUAGAGCAGAGACAACGAAACAGUAAGAUGACACAGACAGGAUUGGAUCAAAGGUAUGGCGAUACCACAACAUUAGAGGAUAAGACCACACCAAAACUUGGCAUACAGACAAAAAAGGAAUCUCUUAAGAGACGAAGACAAGAAACAAUGCAAGCAAUUGAGGAGAUUGAAAAACUUUGGGAGGGGUCAAGAAGGGAGAGAAAUGAAACUAACUACAUGAAAGCAAAGAUUAAGCAACAACAAGAGGAAAUAGAAAGGCUAAUGGCUGAGAAACAAGAGCAAAACACAAAGAUGGAGCUGAUGAGGAUGGAGAUCCAGAAUGUGAAUGAAAAACUGAAACAGAACAUGGAGGAAAUAAAUAUAGAGAAAGACAGAAUACGACAAAUGUGGGCUGAUGUCCAAACAGAGAAAGACAGUCUGGAGAGAAGACACAAUGAGACCAUUAACGAGAGACAGAGUUUGGAAUUGAUCAAGUAUGAGACAUUGAGAGCAAAAGAGGAGAUGGAGCACUGCAAGGAAACAACAAAACUAGAGCAGGAGAAAAUGGAACAGAUUAAGGCUGACAUUCAGGGACAGAUAGAGGACAUGGAAAUAAGAAUUGCAGAAACAAAUCAUGUAAAAGAAAAAAUGGAAGCGAUGAAGGCCGAUGUACACAGGGAGCAAGGUCAGCUGGAGACAAAAAGAGAUGACAUUAAAAGACAAAAAGAACAGUUUGAGCAGAUUAAAUGUGAGAUAAACAAAGUAAAAGAAGAGAUGGAUCGAAGAUGGUAUGAAACGGAGAAAGAAGAGCUUGAGCAGAGAGUUAGGAUCCAGCAAGAGAAAGAGGAACUUGCCAACGUAAAAGCUGAGCUGCAGAGAGCUAAAGAGGAGGUUGAUCAAAACAGGGAGAAGACGAAGCAAGAGAAGGACCUGGUCAACAAAAUGAAAGCAGAGAUUCUUCUAGAAAAGGAUUCACUUGAGAAGGACAAACAAGAAACAUUACGAAAACAAAAGGAGUUGGAGCAGAUCAAGUAUGCGAUUCAAAUGGACAAAGAGGAGAUUGAGCAAAACAGAGAGGAAGCAAAGCGAGAGAAUGAUAAGAUGGAACAGAGGGAAGCUGAACUGCAGAGACAAGUGGAAACGAUUGAGAGAAACAUUGAGGAGACAAAGCAAGAAAAUGACAGAAUGGAAAACGUAAAAGCAGAGAUACAGAGAACGAAAGAAGCACUGGAGAAACAAAAAGAUGACACCAGGCGAGUGAAGGAGGAAAUGGAGAAAAGAAGGUAUGAGACUGUCAAGGAGGAGCUGGAGCAGAGAGCUGAAAUACAGAGACAGAGAGAAGAAGUGGAAAUGCUCAAGUCUGAAAUGCAGAAAGCCAAGGACGUUGAAAAAACAAGAGGAAACCGAGAGAAAGAGGAAGCCAAAAAGUGGAGUGAAGAAGUAAAGCGACAGAGAGAUGGGAUCAAACAAUUGAGAGCUGAAGUUCAGAAGGAAAAAGACAACGUGGAGAGGAAAAAGCAAGAGACAAUGAGAGAGAGACAAGAAUUGGAGAGGAUUCAUUUUGAAACGCUGAGAAUGAAAGAGGAGAAUGAGCAAAGCAGGGAGAUCACAAGAAGAGAAAAGGAGCAAAUGGAGCAGAUGAAAGUUAAUAUACAGAGACAGAUAGAAGAUAUAGAAGAAAAAGUUACGGAGACAAAACAAGCAAAAGACAAAAUGGAAGAAAUGAAAGCAGAGAUACAGAGACAACGUGAAGAUUUGGAGAGUAGAAGGGAAAAGACAGAGAAAGAGCGAGAGCAUUAUGAAGAGGUUAAGUGUGAGAUAAUUCAAUUGAAAGAGGAAAUGGAAAGGAAAUGGUGUGAAACAGAGAAAGACGAGGUGGAACAGAGAGCAAGAGCACAGCAAGAGAUGGAAACACUUGAAAGGUUGAAGGAGGAAAAACAGAAAGUGCGAGAGGAAAUAGAAAGAAACAAGGUGGAAACGCAACGAGAAAGAGAGAACCUAGAAAAAAUUAAAGCCCGUGUGAAAGACGAGAAGAACAUUGCAGAGAAAAUAUCAGAAGAGGCCAAAAUAAAGAAUGAGGACUUAACGGAAAUGGAGCGUAACCUUCAGGAAGAAAGGGAAGAGAUCGAGAGGAGCAAGCAAGUCACAAAGCAAGAGAAGGAAGAGAUCGUAGAGAUGAAGGCUGAACUCCAAAGACAGAUGACAGAAAUAGAGAACCGUGUGAAGGAGACAAACAGAGCAAAAUAUGAGGUGGAUCAGGCAAAGCUGGUCGUACAAAAAGUGGAGUCCCAGCUGAAAAAGCGAAGAGACGAGGCUGGAAGAGUAAAAGAUGAAAUUGAGAAACAGAGAUAUGAAGCAGUGAAAGAAGAGCUUGAGCAACGAGCUGAAAUCCAACGAGAAAGAGAAAUGUUGGAGAAAGUAAGAAACGAGAUACGGAGAGCCGAAGAAGACUCAGAAGAAACACAGCUUCAGAGCAAAAGAGGGGACUUACAAAAGAAGAUGGAUGAAACAAAGCAAGAGAGGGAGAUGCUUGAGCAAAUUAAAACAGAGGUUUUGUCAGAAAGGGCCAUGUUGAAAAGACAAAUCCAUGAAACCGCAAGAGAAAGAGAGGACUUGGAAUUGCUUCGGUGUGAGACCCUGAAUAAAAAGCAGGAGCUUGAGAAAAAGAAGGAUGAAGCUGUCAAGGAAAAGCUUGAACUGAGAGCUGAAAUGCAGAGAGAUAGAGAGGAGAUAGAGAGAACCAAGAAGAAAAUAGAGAGGGAGUUAAAACAAGGCAGGGAUGCCACAAGUCUAGAGAGAGGCGAAGUGGAACGGAUGAAGGUUGAAGUACAGAAUCAGCAUGAGGAAAUGACUAGAUCCAUUGAGAGGACAAGGCAAGCCAGAGACGUGAUGGAACAGAUGAAGGAUGAAAUUCAGAGAGAAAAACAACUUUUGGAGAGAAUAAGGGAAGAAACAAUAAGAGAGAAAGAACCCUAUGAAACGGUCAAGGAUGAGUUAAACAGAGUAAAAGAAGAGAUGGAAAAACUCUGGGACGAGGUACAGAGGGACGAGCAGGAAGAGAGAGCCAAACUGCAUCGAGAAAAUGUGGAGCUGAAUAAGAGAAUGGAGGAAAUUAAGACAGAGAUUAACCAGAUAGAAACAAUUAAAUUUGACCUAGAGAGACAGAGAGAUGAGAUUGAAGCAAGGAUGGAGAAGACAAAGAGAGAGAUGGACAAGCUGGAACAAACGAAGGCUGAAAUACAAAGACAGAAAGAGGACAUUGAAAACAAGAUGACAGAAACAAAGAGUGAGAAAGAGGAGAUGGAAAGGAUCAAAUCUGAGAUACAGAAGCAGAAAGAGGAAAUUGAAAACAAAAUGCAACAAGCAGAGACAGAAAUGGAUGAGCUGAAAAGUGUGAGGGAAGAUAUUCAGAGGCAGAGACAAGAGGUCGAGAACAUGAUGCAGAAGGCCAAGAGAGAGAUUGGAGAGAUGGAACUAGUGAAGACUGAGAUGCAAAGGAAGAAAAAGGACCUUGAACAGAUGAUGAGAAAGACUAAGAGAAAAAAGGAAGAAAUGGAAAAGAUGAAGGAUGAAAUAGAGAGAGCGGAAGAAGAGAUGGAACAAAGAAGGGAAGAGACCAAAAGGGAGAGAGAUGCAAUUGAACAGGCGAAGGCUGAAAUAGAAAGAGCAAAAGAGGAACUGGAGAUUCGUCUGGAAGAGGGCUUUAGAGAUAUUGAUGAGAAGGAACAGAUGAACGCCGAGAUACAGAGAUUAAUCCAAGAGGUAGAGCGAACCAGAGAAAUGGUACGACAAACAAAAGUGGCAAUGGAAAACAGGAUGGAAGAAAGCAAUAUGGAGAUGGGUGACAAAGACAGAGUGAAUGCUGUAAUCCAGAGGUUGAUUCUAGAGGUGGAACAAACCAGAGAGGUGUUAAGAAGGGUGAAAGAAGAAAUGGAACUGAGCAAGGGGGAGUUAAAAGGGGAAAAGGACAAAAUCAGACUGAUGAAGACGGAGACACAAAAAAGAAAAAAAGAGCUGGAGCAAAGGAUGGAGAAGAUCAUGCGAGAGAGGGAUGAGUUAGAACUGGUGAAGUCAAAGAUACAGAGACAACGGGAAGAGCUGAAACAGAAGAUGGAAGAUGGAAAGGCUGAGAGUGAAAAGAUGGAACAGAUGAAAGAUGAAAUUGAGAAACAGAGAUAUGAACAACGAACUGAAAUCCAAAGAGAAAGAGAAAUGUUGGAGAAAGUAAGAGACGAGAUACGGAGAGCCGAAGACGAUUCCGAAGAAAUACAGUUUCAGAGCGAAAAAGGGGACUUACAAAAGAAGAUGGAUGAAACAAAGCAAGAGAGGGAGAUGCUUGAGCAAAUUAAAACGGAGGUUUUGUCAGAAAGGGCCAUGUUGAAAAGACAAAUCCAUGAAACCGCAAGAGAAAGAGAGGACUUGGAAUUGCUUCGGUGUGAAACCCUGAAGAAAAAGCUGGAGCUUGAGAAAAAGCAGGAGGAAGCUGUCAAGGAAGAGCUUGAACUGAGAGCUGAAAUGCAGAGAGAUAGAGAGGAGAUAGAGAGAACCAAGAAGAAAAUAGAGAGGGAGUUAAAACAAGGCAGGGAUGCCACAAGUCUAGAGAGAGGCGAAGUGGAACGGAUGAAGGUUGAAGUACAGAAUCAGCAUGAGGAAAUGACUAGAUCCAUUGAGAGGACAAGGCAAGCCAGAGAUGUGAUGGAACAGAUGAAGGAUGAAAUUCAGAGAGAAAAACAACUUUUGGAGAGAAUAAGGGAAGAAACAAUAAGAGAGAAAGAACCCUAUGAAACGGUCAAGGAUGAGCUAAGCAGAGUAAAAGAAGAGAUGGAAAAACUCUGGGACGAGGUACAGAGGGACGAGCAGGAAGAGAGAGCCAAACUGCAUCGAGAAAAUGUGGAGCUGAAUAAGAGAAUGGAGGAAAUUAAGACAGAGAUUAACCAGAUAGAAACAAUUAAAUUUGACCUAGAGAGACAGAGAGAUGAGAUUGAAGCAAGGAUGGAGAAGACAAAGAGAGAGAUGGACAAGCUGGAACAAACGAAGGCUGAAAUACAAAGACAGAAAGAGGACAUUGAAAACAAGAUGACAGAAACAAAGAGUGAGAAAGAGGAGAUGGAAAGGAUCAAAUCUGAGAUACAGAAGCAGAAAGAGGAAAUUGAAAACAAAAUGCAACAAGCAGAGACAGAAAUGGAUGAGCUGAAAAGUGUGAGGGAAGAUAUUCAGAGGCAGAGACAAGAGGUCGAGAACAUGAUGCAGAAGGCCAAGAGAGAGAUUGGAGAGAUGGAACUAGUGAAGGCUGAGAUGCAAAGGAAGAAAAAGGACCUUGAACAGAUGAUGAGAAAGACUAAGAGAAAAAAGGAAGAAAUGGAAAAGAUGAAGGAUGAAAUAGAGAGAGCGGAAGAAGAGAUGGAACAAAGAAGGGAAGAGACCAAAAGGGAGAGAGAUGCAAUUGAACAGGCGAAGGCUGAAAUAGAAAGAGCAAAAGAGGAACUGGAGAUUCGUCUGGAAGAGGGCUUUAGAGAUAUUGAUGAGAAGGAACAGAUGAACGCUGAGAUACAGAGAUUAAUCCAAGAGGUAGAGCGAACCAGAGAAAUGCUACGACAAACAAAAGUGGCAAUGGAAAACAGGAUAGAAGAAAGCAAUAUGGAGAUGGGUGACAAAGACAGAGUGAAUGCUGUAAUCCAGAGGUUGAUUCUAGAGGUGGAACAAACCAGAGAGGUGUUAAGAAGGGUGAAAGAAGAAAUGGAACUGAGCAAGGGGGAGUUAAAAGGGGAAAAGGACAAAAUCAGACUGAUGAAGACGGAGACACAAAAGAGAAAAAAAGAGCUGGAGCAAAGGAUGGAGAAGAUCAUGCGAGAGAGGGAUGAGUUAGAACUGGUGAAGUCAAAGAUACAGAGACAACGGGAAGAGCUGAAACAGAAGAUGGAAGAUGGAAAGACUGAGAGUGAAAAGAUGGAACAGAUGAAAGAUGAAAUACAGAGAGCGUUUGCAGAGAUAGACCUGGCAAGGGAGGAGAUACAAAUGGAAAAAAGGAAGAUUAAAGAGGACAAUGCAAGGAAAGAGAAGGAUAUGAUGGAGUCUAUGAAAGCUGAGCUUGACAGACAGAAAGAGGGAAAAAACGGAAGGAAAAAAGAAAUGCCAAUGAUGAAGACCCCGGUCCAGAGGCCACAGGAUGAAACAGAGAAAACCUACCUUGGAGAUACGACAACUGAGAUACCAUUUGAGUCACAAGAGCUAAGAACCGCCAUUGAAAAGGAAAGAAGAGACUUGGAACGCAGAGAGAAAAUGAUUAUGAGAGAGAAGUAUGACCUGGAAAAGUCAAAAGCCGAGUUUGAGAAGGAAAAGGCUGAGAUGGAGAACAUGAUCACAAAACAACGAGAGGAGGGCAGACAAAUUAUUGAGGACAUAGAAAAGGAAAAAGAAAAUCUCGAGCAAAUGGAUGCAGAGAUGCAAAGGAAAAGACAGGUCAUCGUAAGGGAAAUGCAGUAUAAAACACAAAAGAUGCGGGAUUUAAAAAAAGCAAAAGCUAAAUUUAAACAAACGCAAGUUAAAUUUAGCAAAGAGAAAAUUGAAAUGGGAAACAUCAAAAAGGCUACCGUGGCGGAAAGAAAUAAACUAGCAGUAGAGCAAGCUUACAUAGAGAAACGUAAGGAGGAGAUGGAAGCCAUCCUGGAACUGACAAAGAAGGAGAAUGAAGAUCUGCUGAACUUAAAAGCUCAAAUAGAGGGAUGGAAAGAAGACAAAGACGAACAGGGUGAACACCUGAACAGGGAAAGAAAGGAACUUGAAUAUCUGAAAAGUAAGAUGCAAAAAGAAAAAGAGGAUACGAUAAGAAAUAGGGACAUUUCGGAAAAAGAGAAAAAGGACUUGGAGCUGAUGAGAUCUGAAACGCAGAAAGAAAAGGGGAAGAUGGAACAAGAGAAGCUUAAGGUACAAGUUGAGAGAGAAAAGCUUGAACAAAUGAAACUGGAGUUACAGAGAAAGUCCAACGACCUAGAUAUGAUCAUAGAAGACACAAAGAGGGAGAAAGUCAGUGCAUCACAAAUCCCUGUCCAAAUACAACAACAAAAGAACCAAAUUGAUUGUUUUGUGGAAGAGACAAAGAGGAGUAAAAUCGAAGAAGAAUUGAUGAGCGCUGAAAUAAGAAGACAGAAAGAGGAGAUAGACAGCAAACAAGACAUUCUAUCAAAGGAGAGAGAAGAUCUGAAUAAACUCAGAACAGAGGUAAACAAUCAGAGAGAAGAGAUUGAAAAUAUCACGCAAGAGCAAAUUAAAGAAACAUUUCUAAUUAAUCAGACAAAGACAGAGAUGGAAAAAGAGAGAUGUGAGAUGGACAGAAAAAAUAAAAUGAUAGAGCAGAAUAUGGAUGAGAUAGAGCAGAGAAAGUGUGAGAUGAGAAAAGUAGAAAACAUAAUUAUCGAACUGAGAAAAGAAGAAGAGAGUGUAACGAAUGAGAUGAACAGGAUGAGAAAGAACACAGAGCAGAAAAGUUUUGAAAUGCAGAGACGGUCUGAAGACAUGAAUCAGCUAAUGGAUGAGACAAGACGGGAGAAGGGGAAGGUUGAAGAACUGGCUAUCCAAACUCAAAAACAAAGAGAAGACAUGGUGGGUUUUAUGGAAAAGAACAAACAAAAGCAGAACGAACUGGAACUCAUGAAUGACAAGAUUGAAAGAGAGAAACAAGACAUCGUGGAAAGUCGGGAUGUGCUAACAAAGGAGAGAGAGGAGCUGGAACAAAUGAGGUGUGAGAUACAGCAACAGAGAGAGGAGACAGAAUCUCACAUGGAAGACCAAAGGAAAGAGAAAGAACAUUUGGAACAAAUGACGACGGACAUGAAAAAGCAGUUGCUAGAGGUGGACAAUGACAAGGAAAUUAUUGAAAGCUCAAUGGGUGAACUGAGAGUGAAAGAGGCAGAAAUGGUGAGAGAAAAAGACAACAUGGAUAACAAGAUGGCUAGGCUCAAAGAGGAAGAGGAUAGAAUGCGGGAAGAAAUAGGAAACAAGAUGGACAUCUUAAAGCAGGAAAGUUGUGAAAUCAAAAGACUUAGAGAUGAAAUUGACAGUGAAAAGCACCAGCUGAAUGCACAAUUGCUUGAGUUGGAAAAAAUGCGUGAAGAACUAGAUAGAGAGAAGAAGGAAGUGAAAGACAGGAAGGAUGAAACACUGAAAGAGAAAGAUCAGUUGGAAGAGAGGCGAGGUAAGAUAAGUAAGGAGAAAGAGGAAUUGGAUAUCAGUCUUGAACUGAUGAAAAGACAAAGGGAAGACUUGACAAGCUUGAAGGCUGAAGCAGAAGCACAGACCGAGCAUAUGGAAAUAGACUGGAAGGAAAAGCUCAUGAGGGAAAGACAACAACUUGAAGAUGUAAAGGAGGAGAUACAGAAGGAAAAAGAAGCCUUUGAGAGAAAGAAGGGAUUGACCAUGAAAGAAAGAGAUGAGUUUGAUCUGAUGAAGUCUGAAACCCAGGGACAAUUGGAGGCAAUAGAACAAAACAAACAAGACAUUUGUGUGGAGAAGGAAAAGCUGGAUCAGAUCAAAGCUGAGUUAGAAAGACGGUCUAAAGAUGUGAAUCAGGUCAUGGAUGAGACAAGACGGGAGAGGGGGAAGGUUGAAGAACUGGCUAUCCAAACUCAAAAACAAAGAGAAGAAAUGGUGGGUUUUAUGGAAAAGAACAAACAAAAGCAGAACGAACUGGAACUCAUGACUGACAAGAUUGAAAGAGAGAAACAAGACAUCGAAGAGAGUCGGGAUGUGCUAACAAAGGAGAGAGAGGAGCUGGAACAAAUGAGGAGUGAGAUACAACAACAGAGAGAGGAGACAGAAUCUCACAUGGAAGACCAAAGGAAAGGGAAAGAACAUUUGGAAAAAAUGACGACGGACAUGAAAAAACAGUUGCUAGAGUUGGACAAUGACAAGGAAAUGAUAGAAAGCACAAUGGGUGAACUGAGAGUGAAAGAGGCAGAAAUGGUGAGAGAAAAAGACAACAUGGAUAACAAGAUGGCUAGGCUCAAAGAGGAAGAGGAUGGAAUGCGGGAAGAAAUAGGAAGGAAGAUGGACAUCUUAAAGAAGGAAAGUUGUGAAAUCAAAAGACUUAGAGAUGAAAUUGACAGUGAAAAGGACCAGCUGAAUGCAAAAUUGCUUGAGUUGGAAAAAAUGCGUGAAGAACUAGAUAGAGAGAAGGAAGUGAAAGACAGGAAGGAUGAAACACUGAAAGAGAAAGAUCAGUUGGAAGAGAGGCGAGGAAAGAUAAGUAAGGAGAAAGAGGAAUUGGAUAUCAGUCUUGAACUGAUGAAAAGACAACGGGAAGACUUGACAAGCUUGAAGGCUGAAGCAGAAGCACAGACCGAGCCUAUGGAAAAAGACUGGAAGGAAAAGCUCACGAGGGAAAGACAACAACUUGAAGAUGUAAAGGAGGAGAUACAGAAGGAAAAAGAAGCCUUUGAGAGAAAGAAGGGAUUGACCAUGAAAGAAAGAGAUGAGUUUGAUCUGAUGAAGUCUGAAACCCAGGGACAAUUGGAGGAAAUAAAACAAAACAAACAAGACAUUCGUGUGGAGAAGGAAAAGCUGGAUCAGAUCAAAGCUGAGUUAGAAAGACGGUCUGAAGACGUAAAUCAGGUCAUGGACGAGACAAGACGGGAGAGGGGGAAGGUUGAAGAACUGGCUAUCCAAACUCAAAAACAACGAAAUGAAAUGGUGGGUUUUAUGGAAAAGAACAAACAAAAGCAGAACGAACUGGAACUCAUGAAUGACAAGAUUGAAAGAGAGAAACAAGGCAUUGAAGAAAGUCGGGAUGUGCUAACAAAGGAGAGAGAGGAGCUGGAACAAAUGAGGAGUGAGAUACAGCAACAGAGAGAGGAGACAGAAUCUCAUAUGGAAGACCAAAGGAAAGAGAAAGAACAUUUGGAACAAAUGACGACGGACAUGAAAAAACAGUUGCUAGAGAUGGACAAUGACAAGGAAAUGAUAGAAAGCUCAAUGGGUGAACUGAGAGUGAAAGAGGCAGAAAUGGUGAGAGAAAAAGACAACAUGGAUAACAAGAUGGCUAGGCUCAAAGAGGAAGAGGAUGGAAUGCGGGAAGAAAUAGGAAGGAAGAUGGACAUCUUAAAGAAGGAAAGUUGUGAAAUCAAAAGACUUAGAGAUGAAAUUGACAGUGAAAAGGACCAGCUGAAUGCAAAAUUGCUUGAGUUGGAAAAAAUGCGUGAAGAACUAGAUAGAGAGAAGAAGGAAGUGAAAGACAGGAAGGAUGAAACACUGAAAGAGAAAGAUCAGUUGGAAGAGAGGCGAGGUAAGAUAAGUAAGGAGAAAGAGGAAUUGGAUAUCAGUCUUGAACUGAUGAAAAGACAACGGGAAGACUUGACAAGCUUGAAGGCUGAAGCAGAAGCACAGACCGAGCCUAUGGAAAAAGACUGGAAGGAAAAGCUCACGAGGGAAAGACAACAACUUGAAGAUGUAAAGGAGGAGAUACAGAAGGAAAAAGAAGCCUUUGAGAGAAAGAAGGGAUUGACCAUGAAAGAAAGAGAUGAGUUUGAUCUGAUGAAGUCUGAAACCCAGGGACAAUUGGAGGAAAUAGAACAAAACAAACAAGACAUUCGUGUGGAGAAGGAAAAGCUGGAUCAGAUCAAAGCUGAGUUAGAAAGACGGUCUGAAGACGUAAAUCAGGUCAUGGACGAGACAAGACGGGAGAGGGGGAAGGUUGAAGAACUGGCUAUCCAAACUCAAAAACAACGAAAUGAAAUGGUGGGUUUUAUGGAAAAGAACAAACAAAAGCAGAACGAACUGGAACUCAUGAAUGACAAGAUUGAAAGAGAGAAACAAGGCAUUGAAGAAAGUCGGGAUGUGCUAACAAAGGAGAGAGAGGAGCUGGAACAAAUGAGGAGUGAGAUACAGCAACAGAGAGAGGAGACAGAAUCUCAUAUGGAAGACCAAAGGAAAGAGAAAGAACAUUUGGAACAAAUGACGACGGACAUGAAAAAACAGUUGCUAGAGAUGGACAAUGACAAGGAAAUGAUAGAAAGCUCAAUGGGUGAACUGAGAGUGAAAGAGGCAGAAAUGGUGAGAGAAAAAGACAACAUGGAUAACAAGAUGGCUAGGCUCAAAGAGGAAGAGGAUGGAAUGCGGGAAGAAAUAGGAAGGAAGAUGGACAUCUUAAAGAAGGAAAGUUGUGAAAUCAAAAGACUUAGAGAUGAAAUUGACAGUGAAAAGGACCAGCUGAAUGCAAAAUUGCUUGAGUUGGAAAAAAUGCGUGAAGAACUAGAUAGAGAGAAGAAGGAAGUGAAAGACAGGAAGGAUGAAACACUGAAAGAGAAAGAUCAGUUGGAAGAGAGGCGAGGUAAGAUAAGUAAGGAGAAAGAGGAAUUGGAUAUCAGUCUUGAACUGAUGAAAAGACAACGGGAAGACUUGACAAGCUUGAAGGCUGAAGCAGAAGCACAGACCGAGCCUAUGGAAAAAGACUGGAAGGAAAAGCUCACGAGGGAAAGACAACAACUUGAAGAUGUAAAGGAGGAGAUACAGAAGGAAAAAGAAGCCUUUGAGAGAAAGAAGGGAUUGACCAUGAAAGAAAGAGAUGAGUUUGAUCUGAUGAAGUCUGAAACCCAGGGACAAUUGGAGGAAAUAGAACAAAACAAACAAGACAUUUGUGUGGAGAAGGAAAAGCUGGAUCAGAUCAAAGCUGAGUUAGAAAGACGGUCUGAAGACGUAAAUCAGGUCAUGGACGAGACAAGACGGGAGAGGGGGAAGGUUGAAGAACUGGCUAUCCAAACUCAAAAACAACGAAAUGAAAUGGUGGGUUUUAUGGAAAAGAACAAACAAAAGCAGAACGAACUGGAACUCAUGAAUGACAAGAUUGAAAGAGAGAAACAAGGCAUUGAAGAAAGUCGGGAUGUGCUAACAAAGGAGAGAGAGGAGCUGGAACAAAUGAGGAGUGAGAUACAGCAACAGAGAGAGGAGACAGAAUCUCAUAUGGAAGACCAAAGGAAAGAGAAAGAACAUUUGGAACAAAUGACGACGGACAUGAAAAAACAGUUGCUAGAGAUGGACAAUGACAAGGAAAUGAUAGAAAGCUCAAUGGGUGAACUGAGAGUGAAAGAGGCAGAAAUGGUGAGAGAAAAAGACAACAUGGAUAACAAGAUGGCUAGGCUCAAAGAGGAAGAGGAUGGAAUGCGGGAAGAAAUAGGAAGGAAGAUGGACAUCUUAAAGAAGGAAAGUUGUGAAAUCAAAAGACUUAGAGAUGAAAUUGACAGUGAAAAGGACCAGCUGAAUGCAAAAUUGCUUGAGUUGGAAAAAAUGCGUGAAGAACUAGAUAGAGAGAAGGAGGAAGUGAAAGACAGGAAGGAUGAAACACUGAAAGAGAAAGAUCAGUUGGAAGAGAGGCGAGGUAAGAUAAGUAAGGAGAAAGAGGAAUUGGAUAUCAGUCUUGAACUGAUGAAAAGACAACGGGAAGACUUGACAAGCUUGAAGGCUGAAGCAGAAGCACAGACCGAGCAUAUGGAAAUAGACUGGAAGGAAAAGCUCAUGAGGGAAAGACAACAACUUGAAGAUGUAAAGGAGGAGAUACAGAAGGAAAAAGAAGCCUUUGAGAGAAAGAAGGGAUUGACCAUGAAAGAAAGAGAUGAGUUUGAUCUGAUGAAGUCUGAAACCCAGGGACAAUUGGAGGCAAUAGAACAAAACAAACAAGACAUUUGUGUGGAGAAGGAAAAGCUGGAUCAGAUCAAAGCUGAGUUAGAAAGACGGUCUAAAGAUGUGAAUCAGGUCAUGGAUGAGACAAGACGGGAGAGGGGGAAGGUUGAAGAACUGGCUAGCCAAACUCAAAAACAAAGAGAAGAAAUGGUGGGUUUUAUGGAAAAGAACAAACAAAAGCAGAACGAACUGGAACUCAUGAAUGACAAGAUUGAAAGAGAGAAACAAGGCAUUGAAGAAAGUCGGGAUGUGCUAACAAAGGAGAGAGAGGAGCUGGAACAAAUGAGGAGUGAGAUACAGCAACAGAGAGAGGAGACAGAAUCUCACAUGGAAGACCAAAGGAAAGAGAAAGAACAUUUGGAACAAAUGACGACGGACAUGAAAAAGCAGUUGCUAGAGGUGGACAAUGACAAGGAAAUGAUUGAAAGCUCAAUGGGUGAACUGAGAGUGAAAGAGGCAGAAAUGGUGAGAGAAAAAGACAACAUGGAUAACAAGAUGGCUAGGCUCAAAGAGGAAGAGGAUAGAAUGCGGGAAGAAAUAGGAAACAAGAUGGACAUCUUAAAGCAGGAAAGUUGUGAAAUCAAAAGACUUAGAGAUGAAAUUGACAGUGAAAAGCACCAGCUGAAUGCAAAAUUGCUUGAGUUGGAAAAAAUGCGUGAAGAACUAGAUAGAGAGAAGAAGGAAGUGAACAACAGGAAGGAUGAAGCACUGAAAGAGAAAGAUCAGUUGGAAGAGAGGCGAGGUAAGAUAAGUAAGGAGAAAGAGGAAUUGGAUAUCAGUCUUGAACUGAUGAAAAUACAAAGGGAAGACUUGACGAGCUUGAAGGCUGAAGCAGAAGCACAGACGGAGCCUAUGGAAAAAGACUGGAAGGAAAAGCUCACGAGGGAAAGACAACAACUUGAAGAUGUAAAGGAGGAGAUACAGAAGGAAAAAGAAGCCUUUGAGAGAAAGAAGGGAUUGACCAUGAAAGAAAGAGAUGAGUUUGAUCUGAUGAAGUCUGAAACCCAGGGACAAUUGGAGGCAAUAGAACAAAACAAACAAGACAUUCGUGUGGAGAAGGAAAAGCUGGAUCAGAUCAAAGCUGAGUUAGAAAGACGGUCUGAAGACAUAAAUCAGGUCAUGGAUGAGACAAGACGGGAGAGGGGGAAGGUUGAAGAACUGGCUAUCCAAACUCAAAAACAAAGAGAAGAAAUGGUGGGUUUUAUGGAAAAGAACAAACAAAAGCAGAACGAACUGGAACUCAUGAAUGACAAGAUUGAAAGAGAGAAACAAGGCAUUGAAGAAAGUCGGGAUGUGCUAACAAAGGAGAGAGAGGAGCUGGAACAAAUGAGGAGUGAGAUACAGCAACAGAGAGAGGAGACAGAAUCUCAUAUGGAAGACCAAAGGAAAGAGAAAGAACAUUUGGAACAAAUGACGACGGACAUGAAAAAACAGUUGCUAGAGAUGGACAAUGACAAGGAAAUGAUAGAAAGCACAAUGGGUGAACUGAGAGUGAAAGAGGCAGAAAUGGUGAGAGAAAAAGACAACAUGGAUAACAAGAUGGCUAGGCUCAAAGAGGAAGAGGAUGGAAUGCGGGAAGAAAUAGGAAGGAAGAUGGACAUCUUAAAGAAGGAAAGUUGUGAAAUCAAAAGACUUAGAGAUGAAAUUGACAGUGAAAAGGACCAGCUGAAUGCAAAAUUGCUUGAGUUGGAAAAAAUGCGUGAAGAACUAGAUAGAGAGAAGGAAGUGAAAGACAGGAAGGAUGAAACACUGAAAGAGAAAGAUCAGUUGGAAGAGAGGCGAGGAAAGAUAAGUAAGGAGAAAGAGGAAUUGGAUAUCAGUCUUGAACUGAUGAAAAGACAACGGGAAGACUUGACAAGCUUGAAGGCUGAAGCAGAAGCACAGACCGAGGCUAUGGAAGACUGGAAGGAAAAGCUCACGAGGGAAAGACAACAACUUGAAGAUGUAAAGGAGGAGAUACAGAAGGAAAAAGAAGCCUUUGAGAGAAAGAAGGGAUUGACCAUGAAAGAAAGAGAUGAGUUUGAUCUGAUGAAGUCUGAAACCCAGGGACAAUUGGAGGAAAUAGAACAAAACAAACAAGACAUUUGUGUGGAGAAGGAAAAGCUGGAUCAGAUCAAAGCUGAGUUAGAAAGACGGUCUGAAGAUGUGAAUCAGGUCAUGGAUGAGACAAGACGGGAGGGGAAGGUUGAAGAACUGGCUAUCCAAACUCAAAAACAACGAGAAGAAAUGGUGGGUUUUAUGGAAAAGAACAAACAAAAGCAGAACGAACUGGAACUCAUGACUGACAAGAUUGAAAGAGAGAAACAAGACAUCGAAGAGAGUCGGGAUGUGCUAACAAAGGAGAGAGAGGAGCUGGAACAAAUGAGGAGUGAGAUACAGCAACAGAGAGAGGAGACAGAAUCUCACAUGGAAGACCAAAGGAAAGAGAAAGAACAUUUGGAACAAAUGACGACGGACAUGAAAAAACAGUUGCUAGAGAUGGACAAUGACAAGGAAAUGAUAGAAAGCUCAAUGGGUGAACUGAGAGUGAAAGAGGCAGAAAUGGUGAGAGAAAAAGACAACAUGGAUAACAAGAUGGCUAGGCUCAAAGAGGAAGAGGAUGGAAUGCGGGAAGAAAUAGGAAGGAAGAUGGACAUCUUAAAGAAGGAAAGUUGUGAAAUCAAAAGACUUAGAGAUGAAAUUGACAGUGAAAAGGACCAGCUGAAUGCAAAAUUGCUUGAGUUGGAAAAAAUGCGUGAAGAACUAGAUAGAGAGAAGAAGGAAGUGAAAGACAGGAAGGAUGAAACACUGAAAGAGAAAGAUCAGUUGGAAGAGAGGCGAGGUAAGAUAAGUAAGGAGAAAGAGGAAUUGGAUAUCAGUCUUGAACUGAUGAAAAGACAAAGGGAAGACUUGACGAGCUUGAAGGCUGAAGCAGAAGCACAGACCGAGGCUAUGGAAAAAGACUGGAAGGAAAAGCUCACGAGGGAAAGACAACAACUUGAAGAUGUAAAGGAGGAGAUACAGAAGGAAAAAGAAGCCUUUGAGAGAAAGAAGGGAUUGACCAUGAAAGAAAGAGAUGAGUUUGAUCUGAUGAAGUCUGAAACCCAGGGACAAUUGGAGGAAAUAGAACAAAACAAACAAGACAUUCGUGUGGAGAAGGAAAAGCUGGAUCAGAUCAAAGCUGAGUUAGAAAGACGGUCUGAAGACGUAAAUCAGGUCAUGGACGAGACAAGACGGGAGAGGGGGAAGGUUGAAGAACUGGCUAUCCAAACUCAAAAACAAAGAGAUGAAAUGGUGGGUUUUAUGGAAAAGAACAAACAAAAGCAGAACGAACUGGAACUCAUGAAUGACAAGAUUGAAAGAGAGAAACAAGGCAUUGAAGAAAGUCGGGAUGUGCUAACAAAGGAGAGAGAGGAGCUGGAACAAAUGAGGAGUGAGAUACAGCAACAGAGAGAGGAGACAGAAUCUCACAUGGAAGACCAAAGGAAAGAGAAAGAACAUUUGGAACAAAUGACGACGGACAUGAAAAAACAGUUGCUAGAGAUGGACAAUGACAAGGAAAUGAUAGAAAGCUCAAUGGGUGAACUGAGAGUGAAAGAGGCAGAAAUGGUGAGAGAAAAAGACAACAUGGAUAACAAGAUGGCUAGGCUCAAAGAGGAAGAGGAUGGAAUGCGGGAAGAAAUAGGAAGGAAGAUGGACAUCUUAAAGAAGGAAAGUUGUGAAAUCAAAAGACUUAGAGAUGAAAUUGACAGUGAAAAGGACCAGCUGAAUGCAAAAUUGCUUGAGUUGGAAAAAAUGCGUGAAGAACUAGAUAGAGAGAAGGAGGAAGUGAAAGACAGGAAGGAUGAAACACUGAAAGAGAAAGAUCAGUUGGAAGAGAGGCGAGGUAAGAUAAGUAAGGAGAAAGAGGAAUUGGAUAUCAGUCUUGAACUGAUGAAAAGACAACGGGAAGACUUGACAAGCUUGAAGGCUGAAGCAGAAGCACAGACCGAGCCUAUGGAAGACUGGAAGGAAAAGCUCACGAGGGAAAGACAACAACUUGAAGAUGUAAAGGAGGAGAUACAGAAGGAAAAAGAAGCCUUUGAGAGAAAGAAGGGAUUGACCAUGAAAGAAAGAGAUGAGUUUGAUCUGAUGAAGUCUGAAACCCAGGGACAAUUGGAGGAAAUAGAACAAAACAAACAAGACAUUCGUGUGGAGAAGGAAAAGCUGGAUCAGAUCAAAGCUGAGUUAGAAAGACGGUCUGAAGAUGUAAAUCAGGUCAUGGACGAGACAAGACGGGAGGGGAAGGUUGAAGAACUGGCUAUCCAAACUCAAAAACAACGAAAUGAAAUGGUGGGUUUUAUGGAAAAGAACAAACAAAAGCAGAACGAACUGGAACUCAUGAAUGACAAGAUUGAAAGAGAGAAACAAGGCAUUGAAGAAAGUCGGGAUGUGCUAACAAAGGAGAGAGAGGAGCUGGAACAAAUGAGGAGUGAGAUACAGCAACAGAGAGAGGAGACAGAAUCUCAUAUGGAAGACCAAAGGAAAGAGAAAGAACAUUUGGAACAAAUGACGACGGACAUGAAAAAACAGUUGCUAGAGAUGGACAAUGACAAGGAAAUGAUAGAAAGCUCAAUGGGUGAACUGAGAGUGAAAGAGGCAGAAAUGGUGAGAGAAAAAGACAACAUGGAUAACAAGAUGGCUAGGCUCAAAGAGGAAGAGGAUGGAAUGCGGGAAGAAAUAGGAAGGAAGAUGGACAUCUUAAAGAAGGAAAGUUGUGAAAUCAAAAGACUUAGAGAUGAAAUUGACAGUGAAAAGGACCAGCUGAAUGCAAAAUUGCUUGAGUUGGAAAAAAUGCGUGAAGAACUAGAUAGAGAGAAGAAGGAAGUGAAAGACAGGAAGGAUGAAACACUGAAAGAGAAAGAUCAGUUGGAAGAGAGGCGAGGUAAGAUAAGUAAGGAGAAAGAGGAAUUGGAUAUCAGUCUUGAACUGAUGAAAAGACAACGGGAAGACUUGACAAGCUUGAAGGCUGAAGCAGAAGCACAGACCGAGCCUAUGGAAGACUGGAAGGAAAAGCUCACGAGGGAAAGACAACAACUUGAAGAUGUAAAGGAGGAGAUACAGAAGGAAAAAGAAGCCUUUGAGAGAAAGAAGGGAUUGACCAUGAAAGAAAGAGAUGAGUUUGAUCUGAUGAAGUCUGAAACCCAGGGACAAUUGGAGGAAAUAGAACAAAACAAACAAGACAUUCGUGUGGAGAAGGAAAAGCUGGAUCAGAUCAAAGCUGAGUUAGAAAGACGGUCUGAAGACGUAAAUCAGGUCAUGGACGAGACAAGACGGGAGAGGGGGAAGGUUGAAGAACUGGCUAUCCAAACUCAAAAACAACGAGAUGAAAUGGUGGGUUUUAUGGAAAAGAACAAACAAAAGCAGAACGAACUGGAACUCAUGAAUGACAAGAUUGAAAGAGAGAAACAAGGCAUUGAAGAAAGUCGGGAUGUGCUAACAAAGGAGAGAGAGGAGCUGGAACAAAUGAGGAGUGAGAUACAGCAACAGAGAGAGGAGACAGAAUCUCACAUGGAAGACCAAAGGAAAGAGAAAGAACAUUUGGAACAAAUGACGACGGACAUGAAAAAACAGUUGCUAGAGAUGGACAAUGACAAGGAAAUGAUAGAAAGCUCAAUGGGUGAACUGAGAGUGAAAGAGGCAGAAAUGGUGAGAGAAAAAGACAACAUGGAUAACAAGAUGGCUAGGCUCAAAGAGGAAGAGGAUGGAAUGCGGGAAGAAAUAGGAAGGAAGAUGGACAUCUUAAAGAAGGAAAGUUGUGAAAUCAAAAGACUUAGAGAUGAAAUUGACAGUGAAAAGGACCAGCUGAAUGCAAAAUUGCUUGAGUUGGAAAAAAUGCGUGAAGAACUAGAUAGAGAGAAGGAGGAAGUGAAAGACAGGAAGGAUGAAACACUGAAAGAGAAAGAUCAGUUGGAAGAGAGGCGAGGUAAGAUAAGUAAGGAUAAAGAGGAAUUGGAUAUCAGUCUUGAACUGAUGAAAAGACAAAGGGAAGACUUGACAAGCUUGAAGGCUGAAGCAGAAGCACAGACCGACUAUGGAAAAGACUGGAAGGAAAAGCUCACGAGGGAAAGACAACAACUUGAAGAUGUAAAGGAGGAGAUACAGAAGGAAAAAGAAGCCUUUGAGAGAAAGAAGGGAUUGACCAUGAAAGAAAGAGAUGAGUUUGAUCUGAUGAAGUCUGAAACCCAGGGACAAUUGGAGGAAAUAGAACAAAACAAACAAGACAUUCGUGUGGAGAAGGAAAAGCUGGAUCAGAUCAAAGCUGAGUUAGAAAGACGGUCUGAAGACGUAAAUCAGGUCAUGGACGAGACAAGACGGGAGAGGGGGAAGGUUGAAGAACUGGCUAUCCAAACUCAAAAACAACGAGAUGAAAUGGUGGGUUUUAUGGAAAAGAACAAACAAAAGCAGAACGAACUGGAACUCAUGAAUGACAAGAUUGAAAGAGAGAAACAAGGCAUUGAAGAAAGUCGGGAUGUGCUAACAAAGGAGAGAGAGGAGCUGGAACAAAUGAGGAGUGAGAUACAGCAACAGAGAGAGGAGACAGAAUCUCACAUGGAAGACCAAAGGAAAGAGAAAGAACAUUUGGAACAAAUGACGACGGACAUGAAAAAACAGUUGCUAGAGAUGGACAAUGACAAGGAAAUGAUAGAAAGCUCAAUGGGUGAACUGAGAGUGAAAGAGGCAGAAAUGGUGAGAGAAAAAGACAACAUGGAUAACAAGAUGGCUAGGCUCAAAGAGGAAGAGGAUGGAAUGCGGGAAGAAAUAGGAAGGAAGAUGGACAUCUUAAAGAAGGAAAGUUGUGAAAUCAAAAGACUUAGAGAUGAAAUUGACAGUGAAAAGGACCAGCUGAAUGCAAAAUUGCUUGAGUUGGAAAAAAUGCGUGAAGAACUAGAUAGAGAGAAGGAGGAAGUGAAAGACAGGAAGGAUGAAACACUGAAAGAGAAAGAUCAGUUGGAAGAGAGGCGAGGUAAGAUAAGUAAGGAGAAAGAGGAAUUGGAUAUCAGUCUUGAACUGAUGAAAAGACAGGAAGACUUGACAAGCUUGAAGGCUGAAGCAGAAGCACAGACCGAGCCUAUGGAAAAAGACUGGAAGGAAAAGCUCACGAGGGAAAGACAACAACUUGAAGAUGUAAAGGAGGAGAUACAGAAGGAAAAAGAAGCCUUUGAGAGAAAGAAGGGAUUGACCAUGAAAGAAAGAGAUGAGUUUGAUCUGAUGAAGUCUGAAACCCAGGGACAAUUGGAGGAAAUAGAACAAAACAAACAAGACAUUAGUGUGGAGAAGGAAAAGCUGGAUCAGAUCAAAGCUGAGUUAGAAAGACGGUCUGAAGACGUAAAUCAGGUCAUGGACGAGACAAGACGGGAUAGGGGGAAGGUUGAAGAACUGGCUAUCCAAACUCAAAAACAAAGAGAAGAAAUGGUGGGUUUUAUUGAAAAGAACAAACAAAAGCAGAACGAACUGGAACUCAUGAAUGACAAGAUUGAAAGAGAGAAACAAGGCAUUGAAGAAAGUUUGGAUGUGCUAACAAAGGAGAGAGAGGAGCUGGAACAAAUGAGGAGUGAGAUACAGCAACAGAGAGAGGAGACAGAAUCUCACAUGGAAGACCAAAGGAAAGAGAAAGAACAUUUGGAACAAAUGACGACGGACAUGAAAAAACAGUUGCUAGAGAUGGACAAUGACAAGGAAAUGAUAGAAAGCUCAAUGGGUGAACUGAGAGUGAAAGAGGCAGAAAUGGUGAGAGAAAAAGACAACAUGGAUAACAAGAUGGCUAGGCUCAAAGAGGAAGAGGAUGGAAUGCGGGAAGAAAUAGGAAGGAAGAUGGACAUCUUAAAGAAGGAAAGUUGUGAAAUCAAAAGACUUAGAGAUGAAAUUGACAGUGAAAAGGACCAGCUGAAUGCAAAAUUGCUUGAGUUGGAAAAAAUGCGUGAAGAACUAGAUAGAGAGAAGGAGGAAGUGAAAGACAGGAAGGAUGAAACACUGAAAGAGAAAGAUCAGUUGGAAGAGAGGCGAGGUAAGAUAAGUAAGGAUAAAGAGGAAUUGGAUAUCAGUCUUGAACUGAUGAAAAGACAAAGGGAAGACUUGACAAGCUUGAAGGCUGAAGCAGAAGCACAGACCGAGGCUAUGGAAAAAGACUGGAAGGAAAAGCUCACGAGGGAAAGACAACAACUUGAAGAUGUAAAGGAGGAGAUACAGAAGGAAAAAGAAGCCUUUGAGAGAAAGAAGGGAUUGACCAUGAAAGAAAGAGAUGAGUUUGAUCUGAUGAAGUCUGAAACCCAGGGACAAUUGGAGGAAAUAGAACAAAACAAACAAGACAUUCGUGUGGAGAAGGAAAAGCUGGAUCAGAUCAAAGCUGAGUUAGAAAGACGGUCUGAAGACGUAAAUCAGGUCAUGGACGAGACAAGACGGGAGAGGGGGAAGGUUGAAGAACUGGCUAUCCAAACUCAAAAACAACGAGAUGAAAUGGUGGGUUUUAUGGAAAAGAACAAACAAAAGCAGAACGAACUGGAACUCAUGAAUGACAAGAUUGAAAGAGAGAAACAAGGCAUUGAAGAAAGUCGGGAUGUGCUAACAAAGGAGAGAGAGGAGCUGGAACAAAUGAGGAGUGAGAUACAGCAACAGAGAGAGGAGACAGAAUCUCACAUGGAAGACCAAAGGAAAGAGAAAGAACAUUUGGAACAAAUGACGACGGACAUGAAAAAACAGUUGCUAGAGAUGGACAAUGACAAGGAAAUGAUAGAAAGCUCAAUGGGUGAACUGAGAGUGAAAGAGGCAGAAAUGGUGAGAGAAAAAGACAACAUGGAUAACAAGAUGGCUAGGCUCAAAGAGGAAGAGGAUGGAACGGAAGAAAUAGGAAGGAAGAUGGACAUCUUAAAGAAGGAAAGUUGUGAAAUCAAAAGACUUAGAGAUGAAAUUGACAGUGAAAAGGACCAGCUGAAUGCAAAAUUGCUUGAGUUGGAAAAAAUGCGUGAAGAACUAGAUAGAGAGAAGGAGGAAGUGAAAGACAGGAAGGAUGAAACACUGAAAGAGAAAGAUCAGUUGGAAGAGAGGCGAGGUAAGAUAAGUAAGGAGAAAGAGGAAUUGGAUAUCAGUCUUGAACUGAUGAAAAGACAAAGGGAAGACUUGACGAGCUUGAAGGCUGAAGCAGAAGCACAGACCGAGGCUAUGGAAGACUGGAAGGAAAAGCUCAAGGAAAGACAACAACUUGAAGAUGUAAAGGAGGAGAUACAGAAGGAAAAAGAAGCCUUUGAGAGAAAGAAGGGAUUGACCAUGAAAGAAAGAGAUGAGUUUGAUCUGAUGAAGUCUGAAACCCAGGGACAAUUGGAGGAAAUAGAACAAAACAAACAAGACAUUAGUGUGGAGAAGGAAAAGCUGGAUCAGAUCAAAGCUGAGUUAGAAAGACGGUCUGAAGACGUAAAUCAGGUCAUGGACGAGACAAGACGGGAGAGGGGGAAGGUUGAAGAACUGGCUAUCCAAACUCAAAAACAACGAGAUGAAAUGGUGGGUUUUAUGGAAAAGAACAAACAAAAGCAGAACGAACUGGAACUCAUGAAUGACAAGAUUGAAAGAGAGAAACAAGGCAUUGAAGAAAGUCGGGAUGUGCUAACAAAGGAGAGAGAGGAGCUGGAACAAAUGAGGAGUGAGAUACAGCAACAGAGAGAGGAGACAGAAUCUCACAUGGAAGACCAAAGGAAAGAGAAAGAACAUUUGGAACAAAUGACGACGGACAUGAAAAAACAGUUGCUAGAGAUGGACAAUGACAAGGAAAUGAUAGAAAGCUCAAUGGGUGAACUGAGAGUGAAAGAGGCAGAAAUGGUGAGAGAAAAAGACAACAUGGAUAACAAGAUGGCUAGGCUCAAAGAGGAAGAGGAUGGAAUGCGGGAAGAAAUAGGAAGGAAGAUGGACAUCUUAAAGAAGGAAAGUUGUGAAAUCAAAAGACUUAGAGAUGAAAUUGACAGUGAAAAGGACCAGCUGAAUGCAAAAUUGCUUGAGUUGGAAAAAAUGCGUGAAGAACUAGAUAGAGAGAAGGAGGAAGUGAAAGACAGGAAGGAUGAAACACUGAAAGAGAAAGAUCAGUUGGAAGAGAGGCGAGGUAAGAUAAGUAAGGAUAAAGAGGAAUUGGAUAUCAGUCUUGAACUGAUGAAAAGACAAAGGGAAGACUUGACGAGCUUGAAGGCUGAAGCAGAAGCACAGACCGAGGCUAUGGAAAAAGACUGGAAGGAAAAGCUCACGAGGGAAAGACAACAACUUGAAGAUGUAAAGGAGGAGAUACAGAAGGAAAAAGAAGCCUUUGAGAGAAAGAAGGGAUUGACCAUGAAAGAAAGAGAUGAGUUUGAUCUGAUGAAGUCUGAAACCCAGGGACAAUUGGAGGAAAUAGAACAAAACAAACAAGACAUUCGUGUGGAGAAGGAAAAGCUGGAUCAGAUCAAAGCUGAGUUAGAAAGACGGUCUGAAGACGUAAAUCAGGUCAUGGACGAGACAAGACGGGAGAGGGGGAAGGUUGAAGAACUGGCUAUCCAAACUCAAAAACAACGAGAUGAAAUGGUGGGUUUUAUGGAAAAGAACAAACAAAAGCAGAACGAACUGGAACUCAUGAAUGACAAGAUUGAAAGAGAGAAACAAGGCAUUGAAGAAAGUCGGGAUGUGCUAACAAAGGAGAGAGAGGAGCUGGAACAAAUGAGGAGUGAGAUACAGCAACAGAGAGAGGAGACAGAAUCUCACAUGGAAGACCAAAGGAAAGAGAAAGAACAUUUGGAACAAAUGACGACGGACAUGAAAAAACAGUUGCUAGAGAUGGACAAUGACAAGGAAAUGAUAGAAAGCUCAAUGGGUGAACUGAGAGUGAAAGAGGCAGAAAUGGUGAGAGAAAAAGACAACAUGGAUAACAAGAUGGCUAGGCUCAAAGAGGAAGAGGAUGGAACGGAAGAAAUAGGAAGGAAGAUGGACAUCUUAAAGAAGGAAAGUUGUGAAAUCAAAAGACUUAGAGAUGAAAUUGACAGUGAAAAGGACCAGCUGAAUGCAAAAUUGCUUGAGUUGGAAAAAAUGCGUGAAGAACUAGAUAGAGAGAAGGAGGAAGUGAAAGACAGGAAGGAUGAAACACUGAAAGAGAAAGAUCAGUUGGAAGAGAGGCGAGGUAAGAUAAGUAAGGAGAAAGAGGAAUUGGAUAUCAGUCUUGAACUGAUGAAAAGACAGGAAGACUUGACAAGCUUGAAGGCUGAAGCAGAAGCACAGACCGAGCCUAUGGAAAAAGACUGGAAGGAAAAGCUCACGAGGGAAAGACAACAACUUGAAGAUGUAAAGGAGGAGAUACAGAAGGAAAAAGAAGCCUUUGAGAGAAAGAAGGGAUUGACCAUGAAAGAAAGAGAUGAGUUUGAUCUGAUGAAGUCUGAAACCCAGGGACAAUUGGAGGAAAUAGAACAAAACAAACAAGACAUUCGUGUGGAGAAGGAAAAGCUGGAUCAGAUCAAAGCUGAGUUAGAAAGACGGUCUGAAGACGUAAAUCAGGUCAUGGACGAGACAAGACGGGAGAGGGGGAAGGUUGAAGAACUGGCUAUCCAAACUCAAAAACAACGAGAUGAAAUGGUGGGUUUUAUGGAAAAGAACAAACAAAAGCAGAACGAACUGGAACUCAUGACUGACAAGAUUGAAAGAGAGAAACAAGACAUCGAAGAGAGUCGGGAUGUGCUAACAAAGGAGAGAGAGGAGCUGGAACAAAUGAGGAGUGAGAUACAACAACAGAGAGAGGAGACAGAAUCUCACAUGGAAGACCAAAGGAAAGAGAAAGAACAUUUGGAAAAAAUGACGACGGACAUGAAAAAACAGUUGCUAGAGUUGGACAAUGACAAGGAAAUGAUAGAAAGCUCAAUGGGUGAACUGAGAGUGAAAGAGGCAGAAAUGGUGAGAGAAAAAGACAACAUGGAUAACAAGAUGGCUAGGCUCAAAGAGGAAGAGGAUGGAAUGCGGGAAGAAAUAGGAAGGAAGAUGGACAUCUUAAAGAAGGAAAGUUGUGAAAUCAAAAGACUUAGAGAUGAAAUUGACAGUGAAAAGGACCAGCUGAAUGCAAAAUUGCUUGAGUUGGAAAAAAUGCGUGAAGAACUAGAUAGAGAGAAGAAGGAAGUGAAAGACAGGAAGGAUGAAACACUGAAAGAGAAAGAUCAGUUGGAAGAGAGGCGAGGUAAGAUAAGUAAGGAGAAAGAGGAAUUGGAUAUCAGUCUUGAACUGAUGAAAAGACAAAGGGAAGACUUGACGAGCUUGAAGGCUGAAGCAGAAGCACAGACCGAGGCUAUGGAAAAAGACUGGAAGGAAAAGCUCAAGGAAAGACAACAACUUGAAGAUGUAAAGGAGGAGAUACAGAAGGAAAAAGAAGCCUUUGAGAGAAAGAAGGGAUUGACCAUGAAAGAAAGAGAUGAGUUUGAUCUGAUGAAGUCUGAAACCCAGGGACAAUUGGAGGAAAUAGAACAAAACAAACAAGACAUUCGUGUGGAGAAGGAAAAGCUGGAUCAGAUCAAAGCUGAGUUAGAAAGACGGUCUGAAGACGUAAAUCAGGUCAUGGACGAGACAAGACGGGAGAGGGGGAAGGUUGAAGAACUGGCUAUCCAAACUCAAAAACAACGAGAUGAAAUGGUGGGUUUUAUGGAAAAGAACAAACAAAAGCAGAACGAACUGGAACUCAUGAAUGACAAGAUUGAAAGAGAGAAACAAGACAUUGAAGAAAGUUGGGAUGUGCUAACAAAGGAGAGAGAGGAGCUGGAACAAAUGAGGUGUGAGAUACAGCAACAGAGAGAGGAGACAGAAUCUCACAUGGAAGACCAAAGGAAAGAGAAAGAACAUUUGGAACAAAUGACGACGGACAUGAAAAAACAGUUGCUAGAGUUGGACAAUGACAAGGAAAUCAUAGAAAGCUCAAUGGGUGAACUGAGAGUGAAAGAGGCAGAAAUGGUGAGAGAAAAAGACAACAUGGAUAACAAGAUGGCUAGGCUCAAAGAGGAAGAGGAUGGAAUGCGGGAAGAAAUAGGAAGGAAGAUGGACAUCUUAAAGCAGGAAAGUUGUGAAAUCAAAAGACUUAGAGAUGAAAUUGACAGUGAAAAGGACCAGCUGAAUGCAAAAUUGCUUGAGUUGGAAAAAAUGCGUGAAGAACUAGAUAGAGAGAAGAAGGAAGUGAAAAACAGGAAGGAUGAAACACUGAAAGAGAAAGAUCAGUUGGAAGAGAGGCGAGGUAAGAUAAGUAAGGAGAAAGAGGAAUUGGAUAUCAGUCUUGAACUGAUGAAAAGACAAAGGGAAGACUUGACGAGCUUGAAGGCUGAAGCAGAAGCACAGACCGAGGCUAUGGAAAAAGACUGGAAGGAAAAGCUCACGAGGGAAAGACAACAACUUGAAGAUGUAAAGGAGGAGAUACAGAAGGAAAAAGAAGUCUUUGAGAGAAAGAAGGGAUUGACCAUGAAAGAAAGAGAUGAAUUUGAUCUGAUGAAGUCUGAAACCCAGGGACAAUUGGAGGGAAUAGAACAAAACAAACAAGGCAUUCGUGUGGAGAAGGAAAAGCUGGAUCAGAUCAAAGCUGAGUUAGAAAGACGGUCUGAAGACGUAAAUCAGGUCAUGGACGAGACAAGACGGGAGAGGGGGAAGGUUGAAGAACUGGCUAUCCAAACUCAAAAACAAAGAGAAGAAAUGGUGGGUUUUAUGGAAAAGAACAAACAAAAGCAGAACGAACUGGAACUCAUGAAUGACAAGAUUGAAAGAGAGAAACAAGGCAUUGAAGAAAGUCGGGAUGUGCUAACAAAGGAGAGAGAGGAGCUGGAACAAAUGAGGAGUGAGAUACAGCAACAGAGAGAGGAGACAGAAUCUCACAUGGAAGACCAAAGGAAAGAGAAAGAACAUUUGGAACAAAUGACGACGGACAUGAAAAAACAGUUGCUAGAGAUGGACAAUGACAAGGAAAUGAUAGAAAGCUCAAUGGGUGAACUGAGAGUGAAAGAGGCAGAAAUGGUGAGAGAAAAAGACAACAUGGAUAACAAGAUGGCUAGGCUCAAAGAGGAAGAGGAUGGAAUGCGGGAAGAAAUAGGAAGGAAGAUGGACAUCUUAAAGAAGGAAAGUUGUGAAAUCAAAAGACUUAGAGAUGAAAUUGACAGUGAAAAGCACCAGCUGAAUGCACAAUUGCUUGAGUUGGAAAAAAUGCGUGAAGAACUAGAUAGAGAGAAGAAGGAAGUGAAAGACAGGAAGGAUGAAACACUGAAAGAGAAAGAUCAGUUGGAAGAGAGGCGAGGUAAGAUAAGUAAGGAGAAAGAGGAAUUGGAUAUCAGUCUUGAACUGAUGAAAAGACAAAGGGAAGACUUGACGAGCUUGAAGGCUGAAGCAGAAGCACAGACCGAGCAUAUGGAAAUAGACUGGAAGGAAAAGCUCACGAGGGAAAGACAACAACUUGAAGAUGUAAAGGAGGAGAUACAGAAGGAAAAAGAAGCCUUUGAGAGAAAGAAGGGAUUGACCAUGAAAGAAAGAGAUGAGUUUGAUCUGAUGAAGUCUGAAACCCAGGGACAAUUGGAGGAAAUAGAACAAAACAAACAAGACAUUCGUGUGGAGAAGGAAAAGCUGGAUCAGAUCAAAGCUGAGUUAGAAAGACGGUCUGAAGACGUAAAUCAGGUCAUGGACGAGACAAGACGGGAGAGGGGGAAGGUUGAAGAACUGGCUAUCCAAACUCAAAAACAACGAGAUGAAAUGGUGGGUUUUAUGGAAAAGAACAAACAAAAGCAGAACGAACUGGAACUCAUGGAUGACAAGAUUGAAAGAGAGAAACAAGACAUUGAAGAAAGUCGGGAUGUGCUAACAAAGGAGAGAGAGGAGCUGGAACAAAUGAGGUGUGAGAUACAGCAACAGAGAGAGGAGACAGAAUCUCACAUGGAAGACCAAAGGAAAGAGAAAGAACAUUUGGAACAAAUGACGACGGACAUGAAAAAACAGUUGUUAGAGGUGGACAAUGACAAGGAAAUGAUAGAAAGCUCAAUGGGUGAACUGAGAGUGAAAGAGGCAGAAAUGGUGAGAGAAAAAGACAACAUGGAUGACAAGAUGGCUAGGCUCAAAGAGGAAGAGGAUAGAAUGCGGGAAGAAAUAGGAAAGAAGAUGGACAUCUUAAAGCAGGAAAGUUGUGAAAUCAAAAGACUUAGAGAUGAAAUUGACAGUGAAAAGCACCAGCUGAAUGCACAAUUGCUUGAGUUGGAAAAAAUGCGUGAAGAACUAGAUAGAGAGAAGAAGGAAGUGAAAGACAGGAAGGAUGAAACACUGAAAGAGAAAGAUCAGUUGGAAGAGAGGCGAUGUAAGAUAAGUAAGGAGAAAGAGGAAUUGGAUAUCAGUCUUGAACUGAUGAAAAGACAAAGGGAAGACUUGACGAGCUUGAAGGCUGAAGCAGAAGCACAGACCGAGCAUAUGGAAAUAGACUGGAAGGAAAAGCUCACGAGGGAAAGACAACAACUUGAAGAUGUAAAGGAGGAGAUACAGAAGGAAAAAGAAGCCUUUGAGAGAAAGAAGGGAUUGACCAUGAAAGAAAGAGAUGAGUUUGAUCUGAUGAAGUCUGAAACCCAGGGACAAUUGGAGGAAAUAGAACAAAACAAACAAGACAUUCGUGUGGAGAAGGAAAAGCUGGAUCAGAUCAAAGCUGAGUUAGAAAGACGGUCUGAAGACGUAAAUCAGGUCAUGGACGAGACAAGACGGGAGAGGGGGAAGGUUGAAGAACUGGCUAUCCAAACUCAAAAACAACGAGAUGAAAUGGUGGGUUUUAUGGAAAAGAACAAACAAAAGCAGAACGAACUGGAACUCAUGGAUGACAAGAUUGAAAGAGAGAAACAAGACAUUGAAGAAAGUUGGGAUGUGCUAACAAAGGAGAGAGAGGAGCUGGAACAAAUGAGGUGUGAGAUACAGCAACAGAGAGAGGAGACAGAAUCUCACAUGGAAGACCAAAGGAAAGAGAAAGAACAUUUGGAACAAAUGACGACGGACAUGAAAAAACAGUUGCUAGAGGUGGACAAUGACAAGGAAAUGAUAGAAAGCUCAAUGGGUGAACUGAGAGUGAAAGAGGCAGCAAUGGUGAGAGAAAAAGACAACAUGGAUGACAAGAUGGCUAGGCUCAAAGAGGAAGAGGAUGGAAUGCGGGAAGAAAUAGGAAAGAAGAUGGACAUCUUAAAGCAGGAAAGUUGUGAAAUCAAAAGACUUAGAGAUGAAAUUGACAGUGAAAAGCACCAGCUGAAUGCACAAUUGCUUGAGUUGGAAAAAAUGUGUGAAGAACUAGAUAGGGAGAAGAAGGAAGUGAAAGACAGGAAGGAUGAAACACUGAAAGAGAAAGAUCAGUUGGAAGAGAGGCGAUGUAAGAUAAGUAAGGAGAAAGAGGAAUUGGAUAUCAGUCUUGAACUGAUGAAAAGACAAAGGGAAGACUUGACGAGCUUGAAGGCUGAAGCAGAAGCACAGACCGAGCCUAUGGAAAUAGACUGGAAGGAAAAGCUCACGAGGGAAAGACAACAACUUGAAGAUGUAAAGGAGGAGAUACAGAAGGAAAAAGAAGCCUUUGAGAGAAAGAAGGGAUUGACCAUGAAAGAAAGAGAUGAGUUUGAUCUGAUGAAGUCUGAAACCCAGGGACAAUUGGAGGAAAUAGAACAAAACAAACAAGACAUUCGUGUGGAGAAGGAAAAGCUGGAUCAGAUCAAAGCUGAGUUAGAAAGACGGUCUGAAGACGUAAAUCAGGUCAUGGACGAGACAAGACGGGAGAGGGGGAAGGUUGAAGAACUGGCUAUCCAAACUCAAAAACAACGAGAUGAAAUGGUGGGUUUUAUGGAAAAGAACAAACAAAAGCAGAACGAACUGGAACUCAUGAAUGACAAGAUUGAAAGAGAGAAACAAGACAUUGAAGAAAGUCGGGAUGUGCUAACAAAGGAGAGAGAGGAGCUGGAACAAAUGAGGUGUGAGAUACAGCAACAGAGAGAGGAGACAGAAUCUCACAUGGAAGACCAAAGGAAAGAGAAAGAACAUUUGGAACAAAUGACGACGGACAUGAAAAAACAGUUGCUAGAGGUGGACAAUGACAAGGAAAUGAUAGAAAGCUCAAUGGGUGAACUGAGAGUGAAAGAGGCAGCAAUGGUGAGAGAAAAAGACAACAUGGAUGACAAGAUGGCUAGGCUCAAAGAGGAAGAGGAUGGAAUGCGGGAAGAAAUAGGAAAGAAGAUGGACAUCUUAAAGCAGGAAAGUUGUGAAAUCAAAAGACUUAGAGAUGAAAUUGACAGUGAAAAGCACCAGCUGAAUGCACAAUUGCUUGAGUUGGAAAAAAUGCGUGAAGAACUAGAUAGAGAGAAGAAGGAAGUGAAAGACAGGAAGGAUGAAACACUGAAAGAGAAAGAUCAGUUGGAAGAGAGGCGAGGUAAGAUAAGUAAGGAGAAAGAGGAACUGGAUAUCAGUCUUGAACUGAUGAAAAGACAAAGGGAAGACUUGACGAGCUUGAAGGCUGAAGCAGAAGCACAGACCGAGCCUAUGGAAAUAGACUGGAAGGAAAAGCUCACGAGGGAAAGACAACAACUUGAAGAUGUAAAGGAGGAGAUACAGAAGGAAAAAGAAGCCUUUGAGAGAAAGAAGGGAUUGACCAUGAAAGAAAGAGAUGAGUUUGAUCUGAUGAAGUCUGAAACCCAGGGACAAUUGGAGGAAAUAGAACAAAACAAACAAGACAUUCGUGUGGAGAAGGAAAAGCUGGAUCAGAUCAAAGCUGAGUUAGAAAGACGGUCUGAAGACGUAAAUCAGGUCAUGGACGAGACAAGACGGGAGAGGGGGAAGGUUGAAGAACUGGCUAUCCAAACUCAAAAACAACGAGAUGAAAUGGUGGGUUUUAUGGAAAAGAACAAACAAAAGCAGAACGAACUGGAACUCAUGAAUGACAAGAUUGAAAGAGAGAAACAAGACAUUGAAGAAAGUCGGGAUGUGCUAACAAAGGAGAGAGAGGAGCUGGAACAAAUGAGGUGUGAGAUACAGCAACAGAGAGAGGAGACAGAAUCUCACAUGGAAGACCAAAGGAAAGAGAAAGAACAUUUGGAACAAAUGACGACGGACAUGAAAAAACAGUUGCUAGAGGUGGACAAUGACAAGGAAAUGAUAGAAAGCUCAAUGGGUGAACUGAGAGUGAAAGAGGCAGAAAUGGUGAGAGAAAAAGACAACAUGGAUGACAAGAUGGCUAGGCUCAAAGAGGAAGAGGAUGGAAUGCGGGAAGAAAUAGGAAAGAAGAUGGACAUCUUAAAGCAGGAAAGUUGUGAAAUCAAAAGACUUAGAGAUGAAAUUGACAGUGAAAAGCACCAGCUGAAUGCACAAUUGCUUGAGUUGGAAAAAAUGCGUGAAGAACUAGAUAGAGAGAAGAAGGAAGUGAAAGACAGGAAGGAUGAAACACUGAAAGAGAAAGAUCAGUUGGAAGAGAGGCGAGGUAAGAUAAGUAAGGAGAAAGAGGUGGAUAUCAGUCUUGAACUGAUGAAAAGACAAAGGGAAGACUUGACGAGCUUGAAGGCUGAAGCAGAAGCACAGACCGAGCCUAUGGAAAUAGACUGGAAGGAAAAGCUCACGAGGGAAAGACAACAACUUGAAGAUGUAAAGGAGGAGAUACAGAAGGAAAAAGAAGCCUUUGAGAGAAAGAAGGGAUUGACCAUGAAAGAAAGAGAUGAGUUUGAUCUGAUGAAGUCUGAAACCCAGGGACAAUUGGAGGAAAUAGAACAAAACAAACAAGACAUUCGUGUGGAGAAGGAAAAGCUGGAUCAGAUCAAAGCUGAGUUAGAAAGACGGUCUGAAGACGUAAAUCAGGUCAUGGACGAGACAAGACGGGAGAGGGGGAAGGUUGAAGAACUGGCUAUCCAAACUCAAAAACAAAGAGAUGAAAUGGUGGGUUUUAUGGAAAAGAACAAACAAAAGCAGAACGAACUGGAACUCAUGAAUGACAAGAUUGAAAGAGAGAAACAAGACAUCGAAGAAAGUCUGGAUGUGCUAACAAAGGAGAGAGAGGAGCUGGAACAAAUGAGGUGUGAGAUACAGCAACAGAGAGAGGAGACAGAAUCUCACAUGGAAGACCAAAGGAAAGAGAAAGAACAUUUGGAACAAAUGACAACGGACAUGAAAAAACAGUUGCUAGAGGUGGACAAUGACAAGGAAAUGAUAGAAAGCUCAAUGGGUGAACUGAGAGUGAAAGAGGCAGAAAUGGUGAGAGAAAAAGACAACAUGGAUGACAAGAUGGCUAGGCUCAAAGAGGAAGAGGAUGGAAUGCGGGAAGAAAUAGGAAAGAAGAUGGACAUCUUAAAGCAGGAAAGUUGUGAAAUCAAAAGACUUAGAGAUGAAAUUGACAGUGAAAAGCACCAGCUGAAUGCACAAUUGCUUGAGUUGGAAAAAAUGCGUGAAGAACUAGAUAGAGAGAAGAAGGAAGUGAAAGACAGGAAGGAUGAAACACUGAAAGAGAAAGAUCAGUUGGAAGAGAGGCGAGGUAAGAUAAGUAAGGAGAAAGAGGAACUGGAUAUCAGUCUUGAACUGAUGAAAAGACAAAGGGAAGACUUGACGAGCUUGAAGGCUGAAGCAGAAGCACAGACCGAGCAUAUGGAAAUAGACUGGAAGGAAAAGCUCACGAGGGAAAGACAACAACUUGAAGAUGUAAAGGAGGAGAUACAGAAGGAAAAAGAAGCCUUUGAGAGAAAGAAGGGAUUGACCAUGAAAGAAAGAGAUGAGUUUGAUCUGAUGAAGUCUGAAACCCAGGGACAAUUGGAGGAAAUAGAACAAAACAAACAAGACAUUCGUGUGGAGAAGGAAAAGCUGGAUCAGAUCAAAGCUGAGUUAGAAAGACGGUCUGAAGACGUAAAUCAGGUCAUGGACGAGACAAGACGGGAGAGGGGGAAGGUUGAAGAACUGGCUAUCCAAACUCAAAAACAACGAGAUGAAAUGGUGGGUUUUAUGGAAAAGAACAAACAAAAGCAGAACGAACUGGAACUCAUGAAUGACAAGAUUGAAAGAGAGAAACAAGACAUUGAAGAAAGUCUGGAUGUGCUAACAAAGGAGAGAGAGGAGCUGGAACAAAUGAGGAGUGAGAUACAGCAACAGAGAGAGGAGACAGAAUCUCACAUGGAAGACCAAAGGAAAGAGAAAGAACAUUUGGAACAAAUGACAACGGACAUGAAAAAACAGUUGCUAGAGGUGGACAAUGACAAGGAAAUGAUAGAAAGCUCAAUGGGUGAACUGAGAGUGAAAGAGGCAGAAAUGGUGAGAGAAAAAGACAACAUGGAUGACAAGAUGGCUAGGCUCAAAGAGGAAGAGGAUGGAAUGCGGGAAGAAAUAGGAAAGAAGAUGGACAUCUUAAAGCAGGAAAGUUGUGAAAUCAAAAGACUUAGAGAUGAAAUUGACAGUGAAAAGCACCAGCUGAAUGCACAAUUGCUUGAGUUGGAAAAAAUGCGUGAAGAACUAGAUAGAGAGAAGAAGGAAGUGAAAGACAGGAAGGAUGAAACACUGAAAGAGAAAGAUCAGUUGGAAGAGAGGCGAGGUAAGAUAAGUAAGGAGAAAGAGGAAUUGGAUAUCAGUCUUGAACUGAUGAAAAGACAAAGGGAAGACUUGACGAGCUUGAAGGCUGAAGCAGAAGCACAGACCGAGCCUAUGGAAAUAGACUGGAAGGAAAAGCUCACGAGGGAAAGACAACAACUUGAAGAUGUAAAGGAGGAGAUACAGAAGGAAAAAGAAGCCUUUGAGAGAAAGAAGGGAUUGACCAUGAAAGAAAGAGAUGAAUUUGAUCUGAUGAAGUCUGAAACCCAGGGACAAUUGGAGGGAAUAGAACAAAACAAACAAGACAUUAGUGUGGAGAAGGAAAAGCUGGAUCAGAUCAAAGCUGAGUUAGAAAGACGGUCUGAAGACGUAAAUCAGGUCAUGGACGAGACAAGACGGGAUAGGGGGAAGGUUGAAGAACUGGCUAUCCAAACUCAAAAACAAAGAGAAGAAAUGGUGGGUUUUAUUGAAAAGAACAAACAAAAGCAGAACGAACUGGAACUCAUGAAUGACAAGAUUGAAAGAGAGAAACAAGACAUCGAAAAAAGUUUGGAUGUGCUAACAAAGGAGAGAGAGGAGCUGGAACAAAUGAGGUGUAAGAUACAGCAACAGAGAGAGGAGACAGAAUCUCACAUGGAAGACCAAAGGAAAGAGAAAGAACAUUUGGAACAAAUGACGACGGACAUGAAAAAACAGUUGCUAGAGUUGGACAAUGACAAGGAAAUGAUAGAAAGCUCAAUGGGUGAACUGAGAGUGAAAGAGGCAGAAAUGGUGAGAGAAAAAGACAACAUGGAUAACAAGAUGGCUAGGCUCAAAGAGGAAGAGGAUGGAAUGCGGGAAGAAAUAGGAAGGAAGAUGGACAUCUUAAAGCAGGAAAGUUGUGAAAUCAAAAGACUUAGAGAUGAAAUUGACAGUGAAAAGCACCAGCUGAAUGCACAAUUGCUUGAGUUGGAAAAAAUGCGUGAAGAACUAGAUAGAGAGAAGAAGGAAGUGAAAGACAGGAAGGAUGAAACACUGAAAGAGAAAGAUCAGUUGGAAGAGAGGCGAGGUAAGAUAAGUAAGGAGAAAGAGGAACUGGAUAUCAGUCUUGAACUGAUGAAAAGACAAAGGGAAGACUUGACGAGCUUGAAGGCUGAAGCAGAAGCACAGACCGAGCAUAUGGAAAUAGACUGGAAGGAAAAGCUCACGAGGGAAAGACAACAACUUGAAGAUGUAAAGGAGGAGAUACAGAAGGAAAAAGAAGCCUUUGAGAGAAAGAAGGGAUUGACCAUGAAAGAAAGAGAUGAGUUUGAUCUGAUGAAGUCUGAAACCCAGGGACAAUUGGAGGAAAUAGAACAAAACAAACAAGACAUUCGUGUGGAGAAGGAAAAGCUGGAUCAGAUCAAAGCUGAGUUAGAAAGACGGUCUGAAGACGUAAAUCAGGUCAUGGACGAGACAAGACGGGAGAGGGGGAAGGUUGAAGAACUGGCUAUCCAAACUCAAAAACAAAGAGAAGAAAUGGUGGGUUUUAUGGAAAAGAACAAACAAAAGCAGAACGAACUGGAACUCAUGAAUGACAAGAUUGAAAGAGAGAAACAAGACAUCGAAGAAAGUCUGGAUGUGCUAACAAAGGAGAGAGAGGAGCUGGAACAAAUGAGGUGUGAGAUACAGCAACAGAGAGAGGAGACAGAAUCUCACAUGGAAGACCAAAGGAAAGAGAAAGAACAUUUGGAACAAAUGACACGGACUGAAAAACAGUUGCUAGAGGUGGACAAUGACAAGGAAAUGAUAGAAAGCUCAAUGGGUGAACUGAGAGUGAAAGAGGCAGAAAUGGUGAGAGAAAAAGACAACAUGGAUGACAAGAUGGCUAGGCUCAAAGAGGAAGAGGAUAGAAUGCGGGAAGAAAUAGGAAAGAAGAUGGACAUCUUAAAGCAGGAAAGUUGUGAAAUCAAAAGACUUAGAGAUGAAAUUGACAGUGAAAAGCACCAGCUGAAUGCACAAUUGCUUGAGUUGGAAAAAAUGCGUGAAGAACUAGAUAGAGAGAAGAAGGAAGUGAAAGACAGGAAGGAUGAAACACUGAAAGAGAAAGAUCAGUUGGAAGAGAGGCGAGGUAAGAUAAGUAAGGAGAAAGAGGAACUGGAUAUCAGUCUUGAACUGAUGAAAAGACAAAGGGAAGACUUGACGAGCUUGAAGGCUGAAGCAGAAGCACAGACCGAGCAUAUGGAAAUAGACUGGAAGGAAAAGCUCACGAGGGAAAGACAACAACUUGAAGAUGUAAAGGAGGAGAUACAGAAGGAAAAAGAAGCCUUUGAGAGAAAGAAGGGAUUGACCAUGAAAGAAAGAGAUGAGUUUGAUCUGAUGAAGUCUGAAACCCAGGGACAAUUGGAGGAAAUAGAACAAAACAAACAAGACAUUCGUGUGGAGAAGGAAAAGCUGGAUCAGAUCAAAGCUGAGUUAGAAAGACGGUCUGAAGACGUAAAUCAGGUCAUGGACGAGACAAGACGGGAGAGGGGGAAGGUUGAAGAACUGGCUAUCCAAACUCAAAAACAAAGAGAAGAAAUGGUGGGUUUUAUGGAAAAGAACAAACAAAAGCAGAACGAACUGGAACUCUUGAAUGACAAGAUUGAAAGAGAGAAACAAGACAUUGAAGAAAGUCUGGAUGUGCUAACAAAGGAGAGAGAGGAGCUGGAACAAAUGAGGUGUGAGAUACAGCAACAGAGAGAGGAGACAGAAUCUCACAUGGAAGACCAAAGGAAAGAGAAAGAACAUUUGGAACAAAUGACAACGGACAUGAAAAAACAGUUGCUAGAGGUGGACAAUGACAAGGAAAUGAUAGAAAGCUCAAUGGGUGAACUGAGAGUGAAAGAGGCAGAAAUGGUGAGAGAAAAAGACAACAUGGAUGACAAGAUGGCUAGGCUCAAAGAGGAAGAGGAUGGAAUGCGGGAAGAAAUAGGAAAGAAGAUGGACAUCUUAAAGCAGGAAAGUUGUGAAAUCAAAAGACUUAGAGAUGAAAUUGACAGUGAAAAGCACCAGCUGAAUGCACAAUUGCUUGAGUUGGAAAAAAUGCGUGAAGAACUAGAUAGAGAGAAGAAGGAAGUGAAAGACAGGAAGGAUGAAACACUGAAAGAGAAAGAUCAGUUGGAAGAGAGGCGAGGUAAGAUAAGUAAGGAGAAAGAGGAAUUGGAUAUCAGUCUUGAACUGAUGAAAAGACAAAGGGAAGACUUGACGAGCUUGAAGGCUGAAGCAGAAGCACAGACCGAGCCUAUGGAAAUAGACUGGAAGGAAAAGCUCACGAGGGAAAGACAACAACUUGAAGAUGUAAAGGAGGAGAUACAGAAGGAAAAAGAAGCCUUUGAGAGAAAGAAGGGAUUGACCAUGAAAGAAAGAGAUGAAUUUGAUCUGAUGAAGUCUGAAACCCAGGGACAAUUGGAGGGAAUAGAACAAAACAAACAAGACAUUCGUGUGGAGAAGGAAAAGCUGGAUCAGAUCAAAGCUGAGUUAGAAAGACGGUCUGAAGACGUAAAUCAGGUCAUGGACGAGACAACGGAGAGGGGGAAGGUUGAAGAACUGGCUAUCCAAACUCAAAAACAAAGAGAAGAAAUGGUGGGUUUUAUGGAAAAGAACAAACAAAAGCAGAACGAACUGGAACUCAUGAAUGACAAGAUUGAAAGAGAGAAACAAGACAUCGAAGAAAGUCUGGAUGUGCUAACAAAGGAGAGAGAGGAGCUGGAACAAAUGAGGUGUGAGAUACAGCAACAGAGAGAGGAGACAGAAUCUCACAUGGAAGACCAAAGGAAAGAGAAAGAACAUUUGGAACAAAUGACAACGGACAUGAAAAAACAGUUGCUAGAGGUGGACAAUGACAAGGAAAUGAUAGAAAGCUCAAUGGGUGAACUGAGAGUGAAAGAGGCAGAAAUGGUGAGAGAAAAAGACAACAUGGAUGACAAGAUGGCUAGGCUCAAAGAGGAAGAGGAUAGAAUGCGGGAAGAAAUAGGAAGGAAGAUGGACAUCUUAAAGCAGGAAAGUUGUGAAAUCAAAAGACUUAGAGAUGAAAUUGACAGUGAAAAGCACCAGCUGAAUGCACAAUUGCUUGAGUUGGAAAAAAUGCGUGAAGAACUAGAUAGAGAGAAGAAGGAAGUGAAAGACAGGAAGGAUGAAACACUGAAAGAGAAAGAUCAGUUGGAAGAGAGGCGAGGUAAGAUAAGUAAGGAGAAAGAGGAAUUGGAUAUCAGUCUUGAACUGAUGAAAAGACAAAGGGAAGACUUGACGAGCUUGAAGGCUGAAGCAGAAGCACAGACCGAGCCUAUGGAAAUAGACUGGAAGGAAAAGCUCACGAGGGAAAGACAACAACUUGAAGAUGUAAAGGAGGAGAUACAGAAGGAAAAAGAAGCCUUUGAGAGAAAGAAGGGAUUGACCAUGAAAGAAAGAGAUGAAUUUGAUCUGAUGAAGUCUGAAACCCAGGGACAAUUGGAGGGAAUAGAACAAAACAAACAAGACAUUCGUGUGGAGAAGGAAAAGCUGGAUCAGAUCAAAGCUGAGUUAGAAAGACGGUCUGAAGACGUAAAUCAGGUCAUGGACGAGACAAGACGGGAGAGGGGGAAGGUUGAAGAACUGGCUAUCCAAACUCAAAAACAAAGAGAAGAAAUGGUGGGUUUUAUGGAAAAGAACAAACAAAAGCAGAACGAACUGGAACUCAUGAAUGACAAGAUUGAAAGAGAGAAACAAGACAUCGAAGAAAGUCUGGAUGUGCUAACAAAGGAGAGAGAGGAGCUGGAACAAAUGAGGUGUAAGAUACAGCAACAGAGAGAGGAGACAGAAUCUCACAUGGAAGACCAAAGGAAAGAGAAAGAACAUUUGGAACAAAUGACAACGGACAUGAAAAAACAGUUGCUAGAGGUGGACAAUGACAAGGAAAUGAUAGAAAGCUCAAUGGGUGAACUGAGAGUGAAAGAGGCAGAAAUGGUGAGAGAAAAAGACAACAUGGAUGACAAGAUGGCUAGGCUCAAAGAGGAAGAGGAUAGAAUGCGGGAAGAAAUAGGAAAGAAGAUGGACAUCUUAAAGCAGGAAAGUUGUGAAAUCAAAAGACUUAGAGAUGAAAUUGACAGUGAAAAGCACCAGCUGAAUGCACAAUUGCUUGAGUUGGAAAAAAUGCGUGAAGAACUAGAUAGAGAGAAGAAGGAAGUGAAAGACAGGAAGGAUGAAACACUGAAAGAGAAAGAUCAGUUGGAAGAGAGGCGAGGUAAGAUAAGUAAGGAGAAAGAGGAAUUGGAUAUCAGUCUUGAACUGAUGAAAAGACAAAGGGAAGACUUGACGAGCUUGAAGGCUGAAGCAGAAGCACAGACCGAGCAUAUGGAAAUAGACUCGAAGGAAAAGCUCACGAGGGAAAGACAACAACUUGAAGAUGUAAAGGAGGAGAUACAGAAGGAAAAAGAAGCCUUUGAGAGAAAGAAGGGAUUGACCAUGAAAGAAAGAGAUGAGUUUGAUCUGAUGAAGUCUGAAACCCAGGGACAAUUGGAGGAAAUAGAACAAAACAAACAAGACAUUCGUGUGGAGAAGGAAAAGCUGGAUCAGAUCAAAGCUGAGUUAGAAAGACGGUCUGAAGACGUAAAUCAGGUCAUGGACGAGACAAGACGGGAGAGAGGGAAGGUUGAAGAACUGGCUAUCCAAACUCAAAAACAACGAGAUGAAAUGGUGGUUUUUAUGGAAAAGAACAAACAAAAGCAGAACGAACUGGAACUCAUGAAUGACAAGAUUGAAAGAGAAAAACAAGACAUUGAAGAAAGUUGGGAUGUGCUAACAAAGGAGAGAGAGAAGCUGGAACAAAUGAGGUGUGAGAUACAGCAACAGAGAGAGGAGACAGAAUCUCACAUGGAAGACCAAAGGAAAGAGAAAGAACAUUUGGAACAAAUGACGACGGACAUGAAAAAACAGUUGCUAGAGGUGGACAAUGACAAGGAAAUGAUAGAAAGCUCAAUGGGUGAACUGAGAGUGAAAGAGGCAGAAAUGGUGAGAGAAAAAGACAACAUGGAUAACAAGAUGGCUAGUCUCAAAGAGGAAGAGGAUGGAAUGCGGGAAGAAAUAGGAAGGAAGAUGGACAUCUUAAAGCAGGAAAGUUGUGAAAUCAAAAGACUUAGAGAUGAAAUUGACAGUGAAAAGGACCAGCUGAAUGCAAAAUUGCUUGAGUUGGAAAAAAUGCGUGAAGAACUAGAUAGAGAGAAGAAGGAAGUGAACAACAGGAAGGAUGAAACACUGAAAGAGAAAGAUCAGUUGGAAGAGAGGCGAGGUAAGAUAAGUAAGGAGAAAGAGGAAUUGGAUAUCAGUCUUGAACUGAUGAAAAGACAAAGAGAAGACUUGACAAGCUUGAAGGCUGAAGCAGAAGCACAGACCGAGCCUAUGGAAAAAGACUGGAAGGAAAAGCUCACGAGGGAAAGACAACAACUUGAAGAUGUAAAGGAGGAGAUACAGAAGGAAAAAGAAGCCUUUGAGAGAAAGAAGGGAUUGACUAUGAAAGAAAGAGAUGAGUUUGAUCUGCUGAAGUCUGACACCCAGAGACAAUUGGAGGAAAUAGAACAAAUCCAGAAAGAAAGGGAGGAAAUGAAAAGUGUUAUUGAAGAUAUCAAGAGAGCAAAAGCUAAUCAGGAAGUGGUGGAAUCUGAGAUUGUGACAAAGAAACGAGAAACAGAUAAUAUCAUGGAAAUGAUCUCAAAAGAAAAAGACAACAUGGACAAAAUUAAGAUUGAAAUGGAAAGAGAGAGGGACGAAUUUGAGAUCACCAAGUGCAAGAUGGUGACGGAGAUGGAUGAGCUGGGACAGAGAAAAGCUGAGAUCGAAAAUGAUAAAUAUGAAGCAGAAAUGUUGAUGGCUGAACUGAAAGAGGAAGAGCAAAGAAUGAAGGAAGACAUUUGCAAGAUGAAAGACAGUCUCGAGCAGAUCAAAGCUGAAAUACAACCACAGAGAGAAGACAUUGGAAGCAAGAUGGAGGAGCUGAAUGUCCAAAAGGCUGAGAUGGAAAGUGCUAUGACAGAUAUCGACAGACAAAAAAAGGACAUGCAAAACCAAAGACAGCAAAUUGAACAAGACAAACAAAAGAUGAUCAAGGAAAAGGAUGAUCUGGAAAGGAUUAAGAUGGAGAUAGAAACACAAUCAGCAUAUCUAGAAAACCUUUUGGAGAAAACAAAGAGGGAGAAAGAGGAUGCUGAGAUAAUGACUAUUCAAGUCCAGAAGGAAAGGAAGGAAAUUGAAAGUGUUGUCGAGGAGAACAACAAACGGACAGAGAAACUGGAAUUCAUGAAAACUGAGGUGGAUAAAAAGAAACGAGAAACAGAAAACAUCAAGGACAUGGUAACAAAGGAGAAGAUUGAAUUGGAACAGAUCAGGAUGGAGUUAGAGGCACGAUCUGAACAUCUAGACAACAUCAUGGAUGAGACAACGAGGGAGAAAGAGAAUGUUGGUGAUAUGACUGUCCAAAUGCAGAAAGAAAAAGAGGACAUUGAAAACUUGAUAGUCAACAACAACAGACAGAGAGAGGAACUGGAAUUGAUGAAAGCUGAACUAGAGGACGAGAGAUCAGAGACUGAAAAUGUCAAGGAUGUGCUAUCAAAGCAAAAGAAUGAUCUUAAACAAAUGAAGAUUGAGAUGGAGAGAGAGAGAGAAGAAAUGGAUAACACUAAGGACAAUAUUGCAAUUGAUAUGAAUGAGCUGGAACAGAGAAAAGUUGAGAUGGAGGAUCGAAAAUAUGAAGCAGAAAAUUGGGUGGCUGAACUAAAAGAGGAAGGGCAACGAGUGAAGGAGGAAAUCUGCAAGAUGACGGAGAACCUGGAACAGAUCCGCACAGGAAUACAACCACAGAGAGAAGACAUUGAAAGCAAGAUGGAUGAGUUGAAUGUAAAGCAGGCUGAGAUGAAUAAGGCUACGACAGAUAUCGACAGACAUAAAGAGGAAAUGCAAAAUCAAAGGGAAGGAAUACAACAAGACAAACAAAAGAUGCAAGAUGAAAAGGAUGAACUGGAACAGAUCAAGAUGGAGUUACAAACACGAUCAGAUUUCCUGGAAAACCUCAUUGAGGAGACAAUGGGGAAGAAGGAGAACAUUGAAAGUAUGGCUUUCCAGAUUCAGAAGGAAAGGGAGGAAGUUGAAAGUAUUGUUGAGGAUAUCAAGACAAGGAAAGCUGAUCUGGAAUUGAUGAAAGCAACGGCUGAAGUAGAGAAGCAAGAAACAGAAAACAUCAAGGAAAUGAUCUCCAGGGAAAAAGACAAACUAGAACAAAUGACGAUUGAGAUUGAAAGAGAGAAGGAAGAAAUUGAUAUCACCAAGGGCAAAAUUGAAAUGGAUAUGGAUGAGCUGGAAAGUAGAAAGGCUGAGGUAGAGAAUGGAAAACAUCAAUCUGAAAAACUGAUUGCUGAAUUGAAGGAGGAACACCAAAGAAUGAGGGAGGAUAUCAGGAAGAUGAAAGAAAACCUAGACACUGAAAUACAGCUGAAGAGAGAUGAUAUUGAAAGUAAAAUGGAAGAGUUGGAUGUCAAAAAGAGAGAGCUGGAAAACAUGUGGCCCGAUAUUUACAGAGAAAAGGAGGAACUACAAAACCAGAGAAAGGAAAUAGAAGAAGACAAACAAAAUAUACUAGAUGAAAAGGGUGGGCUGGAACACAUCAAGGCUGAUUUACAGAUGAAGAGCAAAAAGGAGAAUGUUGAGGGCAUGGCUGUCCAAUUCCAGAUGGAAAAGGAGGAAAUUCAAAGUGUCAUGGUAGAACCCGAGAUAAGAAGACAAGUACUGGAAUUUACAAAAGUGGAGGUAGAGAAGGAAGAAACAGAGAACAUCAAGGACAUUGUAUUAAAGGAUCAGAAACAUCUGGAACAAAUGAAGAUUGAGAUGGAAAGAGAAAGAGAAGAAAUUGAUAAUACCAAGAUCAAGAUAGCGAUCGAUAUGGAAAGGCUGGAAGCGACAAAGGUUGUAAUAGAGAGACAACUGAAAGAAGAACAACGACAAAUGAGGAAGGAUAUCGAGAAGAUGAAGGACAACCAAGAGCAGAUCAAUGCUGAAAUACAAUUACAGCGAGAGGACAUUGCAGCCCAAAUGGCUGAGUUAAAUGUCAAAAAAGCAGAGUUGGAAAACAUUCAAGCUGAUCUAGACAGACAGAAAGUAGAACAUGAUGACAUGAGAAAAUACAUAUUUGUGGGAAAGAAUCAACUGGACGAGAGGAAUGCUGCCUUGCAAAAACAACGGGAGGAGAUGGAUAAAAUCAUGGAACCAACAGCUGUGAUAAAGGCUGAAGUACAAACACAGACAGAGCCCAUGGAAGACAGCUUGGAGGAACAGCUCAAAGGGGACAUGGAAGAAGUUGAAGGUCAUGACAUAGAGAAAGAGGACCUGGGACAAACCAACAGGCUGGCAAUGAUAGAGAGGGAUGAGUUGGAAUCCAUGAAGUCUGAAAUAGGAAAACAAAGACAGGAAAUAGAGGAGAACAAUCAAAAGAUACAGGAUGAGAAGGCUGAGAUUGAAAAGAUCAAGAAUGAUUUACAGAAACGGUCAGAGAAUCUAGACAACCUCGUGGAAGAGACAAAGAGGGAAAAGGAGAAUUUUAAGGACAGGGCUGCUCAAAUCCAGAAGGGCCAGGAGGGAAUUGAAUGUGUUAUUGAGGAUACCAAGACAAAGAGCCCUGAACUGGAAAUGUUGAAAGCUGAGAUAAAGACAGAGAAACAAGAAACAUUCAACCUGAAGGGCAUGACAUCAAAGGAGAAACGUGACUUGGAACAAAUUAAGGUGAAAAUGGAGAAAGAAAUACAAGAACUGGAGAACACCAAGGACACGGCAGAAAUGUAUAUUAGUCAGCUGGAACAAAGAAGGGUUCAGUUAGAAGGAGAAGAAGAUGGAAUGAAAAAUCUGAUGGCUUCACUGAAAGAGGAAGAGCAGAGUAUGAAAGAGAAUAUUGGGAAGAUGAAAGAAAAUUUAGAGCAGAUUAAUGCUGAAAUACAAGUACAGAGAGAUGACAUUGCAACACAAAUGGAAGAGUUAAAUGUCAAGAAAGAAGAGCUGGAAAACAUUCAAAUGGACAUCGACAGACAAAUAGAACAGAUGGGCAAAACACAAAAUGCUAUGAUCAUGGAAAAUAAUGAACUGGAAGAGAAGCUUGCUGGCGUGCAAAAACAAACGGAGGAGGUGGAAGCCAUCAUUGAAAUGACAAAGAGGGAGAGGGAGGAUGUGUCGAGGAUAAAGGCUGAAACAGAGGAACAGAAAGAUCAAAUGGAAGACAACCUGAUGGAAACUCUGAAACACGACAGAGAGGAACUUGAACGCCUGAAAGAAACAGAAAGAAAGGAGGAAACUAAGGGCAUUAAAGAGAAGACAGGGAGGGAGACGGAGGGGUUCGAACGGGUUAACAUAGAGUCCCAGAGAGUGCUGCAAGAUCUGGAGAACGUUGUGGAGGAAACCAUGGAGAACGAGGGUGCAGAGGAAAUGGCUAUCCAAAUACAAAAGCAAAUGGAGGACAAUGUGAGAAUCAUUGAGGAGAUGGAGCAAGAGAAGGCGUAUUUAGAGCUGAUGAACGUUAAGAUGCAAAGUGAGAGAGAAGAAAUAGACUCUAACAAGGCCAUGAUUGAAAGGGAGAAGGAUGACCUGCAACAAAUGAAGUCUAUGAUUACACGGCAGAGAUGCGAAAUUGAACAAAUUACAGCCGUCUUAAGGGACGAGAGGGACACUCUUGAGCAAAUUAAGACUGAUAUGGAAAGACAGCGACAAGAGAUGAUGAACAAUAUGGACUUGGUGGAAAGAGAGAGAGAUGAACUGGGAAAGACGAGGUCGGAGAUGGAUGAGUUGGAACACAUGGCAGCUGAAACAGAAAGACCGAAGGAGAAGACGGACAAAAGAAAGGGUGCAGCAAUGAUGGAGACGCCUCCGCUGGAGGAAAGAGAAGACAGCGUUCAGAAACAAAGUGUUGAAGUUCUCUUCAUCUCAGAUACAACACAGACAGAAAAAAUAAAGGAUGAACCCGAACAAAGCGCGGUUGAGACACUUCAGACACAGGGCGAAACGAUGGACUCAGUCAAGAAGGACAGAGAUGAUCUCGAACAAAUGAGAGCAACAGAUGAAAGGCUCCCAAAGAGAGAUCAUUUGGAGAAAAUCCGUCAGGAGGCUCAGGCAGAAAAGGAGGAGAUUGAGAAGAUUAAGCACAGAGUUCAUGAGAUGAAAGAACAUCUAGAGGGAAGACUAGCAGUGAUUCAGAGACACGAGUUGGUACAGAGAACAAGGAUACAAAGAGAGAAAGAAGAGCUAAAGAAGAUGAAGGAAGAGUUGGAGAGAGACAGCCAAGCUCGGCAAACAGAGUGGGACAGAGGCAGGAGGAAACUUCAGGAGAAGGACCGGGAGCUUGAGAUGCUAAAAGUGGAGAUGUUCCGAGAGAUCGAAAGACUGCAGGUUCAUAUGGAAAAAGAGAUGGAGACACUGGAGACAAGUGACAAAGGUGUUCAAACCUCAGACGUGGUAUUAACCAUAGAAGAAGAGAGAAUGUGGUUGAUGGAGGACUCAACGACAGAGGAGUACAGUAUGCUGGCAGAAAUAAGUCAAGAAACAGAGCAAACCACAGUGGAUAUGACAUUCGCCAGUUCAUCACUGGAGCUCCAGGGUCAAUCAGAGGAGCACACAGUGAUAGAGGAUGCUCAGAUGAGCGUAGUAAGAGCAGAGGCUUCUCCAUUCAGCAGGUUGCUACGGUGGCUUUGGCGCUACUGCUGUGGCUGCUGCCGCUGUUGUGACUGCUGCGGAAGGGAGUGUGAAGAAGAAGAGGAGGAGAACAUAGUAUAGUCCCAACUAUAUCAGUGGGGCUUAAAAUAAAUGAAUUUGCUAUGUAAAGGCUGUGUGGGAAAAAAUCUGGUUCAGUAAUAUGAAUUGUGAAACAAAACCAUCAGUUAUCAUUCCUUCAGUUACAUCACGUAUGAUCUCUAUUCUACUAUGCCCAAGUGAAGUGAUAAGAAAUCAUGUUGAGAUGAUGAUAUGCAACAACCUGAUUUAUAUGCCGUGUUGUAAGGGUUGUGCAGUAUUGCAGUGCUAUGUAUUUACAAUGAUGGUGAACUAAGUUUGCACUGAAUAUUAGAUCUAGAGAGAGCAACAUGUACCUUUAUUUAUUUGUUAUAUUUAUAAUGAAAUAUGUAUUUAUUAUAUCUCUUUACAGCUUUUGUUAAAGGUGCACUGGAUACUGAAUGGACUCUUGUCAAAACAAAUUAUUUCUAUUACUUUUAGUUUUCUUAUUUUUAUACACACGGAAUUUGCAGUAAAACAAAGCGCUAUUCUAUCAUUUUCUCAGGGACAGCUGUUGUUCUUUAAGCCAGUAUUUUGUAAGUGUAAAAGCCUUGUAAAUUCAUUUAUAAGCGUGUCAUUCUAAUGUAUUUAAUUGGGUUAUUUCUGCAUCUCUUUCUCUAUACAUCCACAAUUACAACAAACAUGUGCUAUUAUGUUCUCAGAUGGGAUGAAUUCACAGUGCAGUAAUGGAUACUAGCAGUGACUGAAGAAGUACAAAAUACACUUGAUUAUUUUGAUAUGAGCAAUGGUUCCCUUCAUGAACUUCAGUGGGGUCUGGGAUUCACUCAGUCAGUCCUAAUUGAAAAGCAUUUACAUUGCAAAGUUGGGUCAAUAAUCAGCAAUGACAGUAACCCAGACACAGAGGGUUAGUUUGGCCUCAGCAGACCUAAACCAUUGUUGUCGGAGGCAGCUGAAAGGGGACACUAACAAAGUAGUCAUUACCCAGGAAAUUGCUUAUAACCUGUUCCUUGUCGUGAAUGGCAAGGAAAGUUACUCAAAGUUGGCACAGGAACUUGGCAGUUCAUACUUGCCCCACAACAGUGGUCUAUGAGAGCUGAGUUUGAAGUUUUGCAAAAGCUUCAUGUCAAAAGAAUCAAUGCACUAUGGGCCGGUUUCCUGGACUUAAAAGGAUACUCUAUGGAGACUAUCCAUACUUUAGUUUUUUUAGUUCAGGAAUAGGUUUAACUAAAUGAUUUUCUCAUGAAUAAUUUUGACCCAAAGACUGAUGGUGGAGAUGCAGGAAUAAAAAGCAAUUCUCACUCACAAUUUGACAGACACUAUUAAAAGUGCGAGAAUACGCCAAUACAAAAAGUACGUUCCUGACAUUGGAUGGAACAUUCAUAUUCCUGUGGAAAAGCACAGCUGCAAUGCCUGGGAAAUCGACCAAUCACUCAUGUACCUGGAUACUAUUUACCAUUGUUGUCAAAGUACUGUUUGCCUGUAACCCAAUAAAGACACCAUUAAUAAA